AGCAGCAGCAGUGCCGGGAAGAGCCUGCCGCCGCCGGCGGCCGCAGCGUCAACAACAACGGCCAUGGUGAGUCGCGCCCGAGGGGGCGGCAGCGCGCGCAAGGCUGAUGGCUCCUAUGAGCAUGUGCAGAGUGCCUCGGGGAGAGGAGCGGGCGGAGCCUGGUGCUCCAGCUCCGCAGGGAAAGCGGGAGCCGAACUUUGCCGGCUGGCGGACGAGGACCAUCUCGGAGGCGCCCGAGCUUUGGGGUCGCCGAGGUUCCUUCGUGCACGGAACUGGGGUCGGAGAGCCUUGCCCGAAGCAUCUUCGAGGGCAGUUGCUGCCCCUGACUCCAUCCACCAAUCCAUCGCUGUUCUUCGCCGUUUCUCGGUGUUUACGAAGCGCUGGAGGAGGCCGGGAUCCCUCCAGGUGGGAAGCGAGCCGGCGGCCUCCCGGCUCAGGUGGCACAGAUCCCCGGAGGGAGGGAGGGAGGGGUGGACGGCGGAGCCUCCGUCUUCGGAGGCAGCCCGCCUCUCCAGGAUGCCGGGGCUGCAGAGUGGCCUUCCUGCCCUGCUCCUGUUGGGCAGCUGGCGGGAAGCACCAAGGGGGCCCCUGGGUUGAGCCCCAUCUCUCUUAGGCACCUCUUCUAGCGCACCUGGCUAGCCCUCCUUGCGGAAAAGUCACCGCGCGGCACAUUCCAAAGAGCGCAGUUUGAGAAGGGGAAAGAGCAGUUUUCCAGCUUGAAACUGGUGCCACCGCGGGCAUGGCACGGUCCAUGGAAACAGGCUCCCUGCCAUUGCAAAGUGGUCUGAAAGUGGAAAUGACUUUCAGAAAUGUGUUCCAUUGUAGGGUGCAGUAAUUGUUAAAGUUUUGGAGUCCCAGGUUCAAAACCUCCCCAAACUAUGACCCCUGAGGCCGGCCACCAGCUCUGCUACCUGGUAACGAUAAAGGUUGCAGGACCCCAUGUACACAGCCACCAGUUUGCAGCUGAAAGGUGCAAAGUAAUAUUUCAGCACAAGCAAGUGAAAAACUUCAAUCUUUCAGCACCUGCUGCUGCUGAACUAAUAAUGAGAUUUUAAAAGUUGAAAAAAAUUGCUAUAGUUUCAGCCAAUAAACAAAUAACUUUAAGGACAUGACAUGCAUUUUUUCAUUCUGCAUAAACACAGAGAACCAAACAUGAUAGAACGAUGUGUAUAGUUUGAGGUUAGGCUUUCCAGAAUUCUUUAAUGAGAUUUCCUCCAUUCCCAGGGAAUUUGAGCAGCUGACCCUGUUUACUUGCCUGUCUGUACUAAGAAGGAGGAGGGGGUCUUGAGACCCUCCGUCUGCUCCUGUCCUCAGCCAUCCAUCCUAGCAAAGGAAGGGCUAUCGUUUUCAUCUUGAGUCCCCAGCAGGGAAAAUGGUAGGGUAUAAAUAAAUAUAUAAUAAUUAUAAUAAUAGUAGCAGCACAGUGCUUAAAGCUCCCUGCUUGUAAAACCCUGGAGAGCAGCUGCUGCUGCUGCCAGUCAGUGUCAACUACACUAAUCUAGAUGGGUAAAUACACUGACUCAAUAUAAGGCAGCUUCUGAAGGGAAUGUGGAAGGAUACCUGUGUCUCAGUCUGUGUAUUGGUUUGCAAAGUAGUUUCUCAUCAAAAUGCAAACAAAACUUUCGACCCCACUCCCCACAGAGAAUAACUUUUACUUAUAGCCACCAAUUCCUAGCCAGGAUUUCUUGUGUCCCUGCUCAGUUGAAGCAGAGAAACAAGUCUGCAUGGACUGAAAAAGACCUCCCGUCUUAGUGUCUUGUCUCUGAUUUUGCAUGUGUCCUGGCUGGAAAGGGUCUUUGACACAGGGCAGGAGGGCUUCUUCUUGAACUUUGGGUUGCCUUUUCUUUGGGGUGUUGGUGCUGGUGGGGGUGGCAGGCAGCUCCUUUUCUUGGCCUGCAACCUGGCCUCAGGAGGCUUUCUCCAGCAUCUGCAUACUGUUUGUGGGAUCCUGGUCACAGUGUUUGCCUACAACUCAUCUCUUUAAUUAAAACAAAAUAGGGACUAACUUUGCAUAGUUAUUCUGCAUUCCUCCUGGCAAAAAUAACUAACAGGCUUGCAGCACCUUAAAGACAAACAAAUAUAUUAUGGCGUAAAUAUUUGUGGAACAGAGGCUAUUUUGUCAGAUGCAAGGAGGGUGAGUCUUAGCUGGCAGGGAUGGGUGUUGAGAUAAAAUGGUAAAAACUGGAGAUCAUAUGGGAAAGAAAUGCAAAAGAUAUGCAGACUGUGAACAUUCAUUUUAAUCUUAAAUGUAUGCAAAAUAACCCCACUGAACAACAACAGCCGUUUGUGAUAACAUAGUCAUCCUCGCAUUGUUGAGUGUUAGCACCUGUAGUGGGACAGAAAACCACUAUUCUCUAUUUCAUGUCCAAAUGGACAGAAUCAAACUGUCACAUAGGCGUCCUCUCAUAUUCCUUUUAUUGAAAAACGUCAGCUUCCUCAGGGCAGGAAAUGGGACUGAACCCUCACCCAGGUUCGCUGCUGAGUAAAUCUUGAGAUUUCAGAGACACAAGCCAAGGCCACAAUGGUCCUUGUACAAGAAGCAGAAGAAGCAAAUGAGCUCAUUCGAAAUGAUUUUUAAUUGCCUCCUGCCAUCCGAGCACAAGGCUGCUGAAAUGCAGGGUAGGGGGUGGAUGCUGUUUUGUUCCAUUUCCCCAAUGUGCCCUUUCAAGAGCACAGACAUGGAUGAGAAAAUGAAGCCCUUUAACUCUAUGCCCACCAUAUGGACUGAAGGCGUGAGCACAAUGCCCCAGUCAUCCCGCUCCCUGGGAAUGCUUGGCCUUUGAGCACAGGGCAAAGGCAUCUGCAGGGAGGCCUGCACACAUUUUGCCCGUCUCUCCAAUCUUCACAAGGAAAUCACUUUGCCCUUGCAAAGUGCUCCUUUCUUUCCGCCCACGGAGCUCAAAUGCAUGAACUGGAGUCCCAGUCCCAGUGGAAUGCUGGGGCCACCCUCGGAAGCGGAACUGCACCUUCUCGCCUUGCUGGCUUUUUCGCUUGGCCUUCCAUGGCGGCCAGACAAAAUGAAAUUCAUUAGGCAAAAUGCCUUCUCCUGGUAUACAGACAAAUGAUGCCCUGGAAAAAGGUGACAAGUAGAGUGAAGUGCUGCAGGCUUCUGUCCUGUCCUGUCCAACAUCUUUAUAAAUGACUGGAUCAGGCAGUCCAACAUGCUGUUCUCAUAGAGAUGCCUAUUGGGAAGCACACAAGCAGGAUCUGAGCACAACAGUAUUCUGCCCACUUGUGAUUCCCAGUAACUGGGAUUCAGAGGCAUAUUGCCUUGGGCAGGGGAGCCAGAGCGUGGUCAUUGUGGCUAGUAACCGUUGAUAGCCUUAUUCUCAAUGAAUUUGUCUAAUCCUAUUUUCAAGUCAUCCAAAUGGAAGGGACGUUCCAUAUUUUAACUUCAUUGCGUGAAGAAAUACCGUAUUUUUUGCUCUAUAAGACUCACUUUUUCCCUCCUAAAAAGUAAGGGGAAAUGUGUGUGCCUCUUUGGGAGCGAAUGCGGGUUGCGCAGCUAUCCCUGAAGCCAGAACAGCAAGAGGGAUUGCAGCUUUCACUGCGCAGCAAUCCCUCUUGCUGUUCUGGCUUCUGAGAUUCAGAAUAUUUUUUUUCUUGUUUUCCUCCUCCAAAAACUAGGUGCGUCUUGUGGUCUGGUGCAUCUUAUAGAGCGAAAAAUACGGUACUUUCUUUUACCUGUCCUGCAUCUUCCAACAUUCAGCUAAAUUGGACGUCCAUGAGUUCUAGUGUUACGAGAGAGGGAGAAAAACUUUUCUCUAACCACUUUCUCUGCUCCAUGCAUAAUUUUAUUUGCCUCCACCAUGUCACCUCUUCCUCAUCUUUUCUGUCAACUAAAAAGGCUCAAACACUGCAACCUUUCCUCAGAGAGGAAUCUCUCUAUCGUCUUGGUCAUUUUGGUUGCCCUUUUCUGCAACCUUUUCAACUCAGCAAUAUCCUUUUGAGGUGAAGCGACCAGAAUUUUACACAGUAUUGCAAAUGUGGUCACACCAUAAAUUUGUGUAAUGGCAUUAUGAUAUCAGCAGUUUUAUUUUCAGUUCUUUCCCCAAUGAUCCCUAAGCAUGGAAUUCACCUUUUUUCAUAGUGGUUCCUAUUUUUCUUGUGUAGUGGGUGGUACUUUCUCUUUGGGAGCAUUCAGGUUGUGGUGGCUGGUGUUUUGAGGGUGGGCACUUGCUCUUGUGGGGUUAAUCAAGGCAGACAUGAUUUAAUUAUUUGCAAUAUUUAUACCCCACGUUUCUGCCUAACAUCAGGCCUCCCAGUAAAAACUGAUAAAUAAUAACACAAUAAUAAGAUGCAAAAUGUUGCUGCAUUGGACCAUAAGGGGCGGAACCUAUUAAAAAAAACCUGUUAAGCCAACCUAUAAUAAGAUCUGUAGAUGUUUUGUGGUUGAUGGGAAUUGUAGUCUAAACAUAUGAAGGGCACCAAGUUGGCAAAGACUGUUGCUUAGGUUCCUGUUGCUGCAGGUGAUUGGCUUCCCCUGGUUUUGGGGGCAUGUAAGCUGCUUGUGUAACUAAGUUGCACCCACACAACUGCACCAGUCCAGCUACACUACAGAGUCACUGCUGGGAAGAAAUCCAUAGCUGUCAACUUUUCCCUUUUCUUGCGAAGAAUCCUAUUUGGAAUAAGGGAAUUUCCCUUUUAAAAAGGGAAACAUUGACAGCUAUGAAAGAUAUCUAAGCCUUCUGUUCUGUAAGCUCUGCAGGCACCAAGGAAAUGAAACCCCUUUGCCUCCUUAGCAUAAGGGAGUUUGGUUUGGCUAGACCCAUAUGUGGCCCUGACAGACUCUUGCUUCCUUUCUCUCAGGAACACUCGGCAUGUGCUCCCGUUGACCGAUGGGGCUCCCUGCAGUGCCAGGAUAUCUCCUUCCCAAAGAUUUUGAUGCAAGCUGUGCUGUCAGAAUUUUGAAUGCAGUGCUGCCACUAGAUGGUGCCCUUCUGAUAGUCUCUAGAGGAGAGAGAUUAUUUUGAGGAUGCACAUGGGGUUGAUUUCAGUGGCUAACUGCAAUUCUUGAAGUUUUCCACUUGCUUGAAGGCAGGUUUUUAUGUCUGCAAAAGUGAGGUCUUGGUUGCAUACUGAAGUGGCGGAGGGAGGGGGGAGAUGGAGGGAGGAGGGGAGGCACAUAUGAACUGGAAAAGCAUUCCAGAGCUUUCAGGGCCGCCCUCUCGCUUGACAGGGGUCCAGUUUGUGACCUACCAUUUCAAGCAUUGCAUAAAUCAAAAGCUCACCCCAGAGGUUGCGGGGGGGGGGGGUGGACUCCUCUUGGGCCUUUAAGCCAUGCUGUGCUGUGCUGCAACAGGUACGCAUGCUUAGAAGAGGGACCAGGUCAUGACAUUUCCUUAUCUCAUUUCAGAGACUGGACUGUGGGGGAGCUCAGCCUGGGGGAGAAUGCCCCCCUUGCUACUUACUUAUUGCAGCAGUAGCAGCUGUGGGAAGGGCAAAGGAGGGGCAGGAGCUGCUGUGGCUUCCUCCUCAUCUUUGAGGGCAGUGCAGAGAUUUAAAUGCACAGGGCAGAUUUCUGCAACCUUUCCCAUAGUUGCUGGAUCUGGGUUUAAAAUGUGCAUGGGGAUAACUUGCCUUCCUGCCUGUCCCUGACUUAACAGCUAAGACUCAGGGAAAGCUGGGGGUACAAAUGGGCGUACAUGUACAGUAACUGCGGUGCACAGUGCAGAGUAGGCCUGGAGGGCAGGUCUGUUGUUUAUUUACAUAAGUUUACAUAUCACUCUUCAACCAUGAAAGGUUUUCCAGAGUGGCUAGGAAUUCAAAAAAAUUAAACUACCACUGUUUCCACACUAAGAAUUUACCGGGGACUAGCCACACAGUGUUCACUCACUUUUUACGGCCAUUUACAUGAUGUGAACAAAACAUCCCUGUGUCAUAUUUUACCUGUUCAGCUUCUGUUGCUGUUUUUCUUUGGAGCUGAACAGGUAAAACACGACACAAGGAUGCGUUUCUGUCUGGGAAUUUAUUCUUAAACCCUUCCUUUUUAUAUAGAAUCAUAGAAUUGCAGAGUUGGAAGGGACAAAAAGGGUCAUCUAGUCCAACCCCCUGCAAUGCAGGAAUCUCAGCUAAAGCAUCCAUGACAGAUGGAUAUAGUAUUUCAUUUAUAUCUGUUUCUUCCCCCCAUCUUGUAGCAGGGUGGGGCAGUCAUGUAGCAAGGUGGAGUGAAUAGUAAACCCAUCUGCAUGCCCCCAAUUGUCCAAACAAGUAUCAAUCUCCCCACUCCACACCCUCCUAUUUAAGGCAGGGAAUGAGACACUGCUCACCUGGCUGCAGCAUGUUGUCUGGAUUUCAGAAGUCUGGAAGCAGAGUUGCUGUUCCACUUGCAGCUUAAAGCAGAACAGCAAUGAUGAGGUGCUGCUCAGCUGUCCACAUCUGGAAGCUCCUUCAGGCAGCAAUUCAGCACAGUAAAACUUUGAAAGUAGGAUAACCUGAGCAGCAGCAGAUGUGAAAACUGCUUAACGUCAGUGCAAGUAAGGCAAAAUCAUUUAUCAACAGCAUCUAGAAAGCUUGGGUAGAUUAAAAGGGCUUCAGCCUGAUACUAGGACGAUCACAGAACUCUUUGAGGGCCACUGAAAAGCCUCAAAAGCCCCUCUGGUAGUAGCAAUGUGGCAAAGAUGGGCCUCUGAAGAUGAUCUUAAGAUCUGGGCAGAAACUUUAUGUGGGAGGCAUGUGGUAAACCAUAGGCACCAACUGCACCCAGCAGCACUCUCAAAGGUGAGCCCCACCCUUGGGUGUUCCUUCCAGAGAGACUGACUUCUAGUCCCCGACAGCUCUGCUCCUUCUUAGGAGCCACAGUUGCCCAACAGAGCUGCCUUUGAUGUGGGAAUAUGAUACGUCAGGUGUUUGAUUAGGAAGUUCAAUGUUCCUAACUUUCUGGUGCUCUCUUAAGAGAGAUGGAGAAAGAAGUGUAGCCAUCAGAGCCCCUCCCUUGUAACUCAGGGCUGGGGAACCUCUGGUGUGCAGGCCAUACUUGACCUGCCAGGCGUUCAGAUUUUGCCCGCAAAGCUGUUUCCCCCCAAACCAUGCCCACACACCUGAUGUCCUAUGUGACUGCAGGUAGAGAGGAGACUGCUGGAGCAGAAUUGAGGGCCUUUACGUGCCCCCACUGUUCUCCCUCCCCAGAGUUCAGGCUCCUGCUCUCCUUCUCACCAGCUGAUUAUGGCAUCAUGUAACAGGCAAUGACCAGCCUGAGUCAUGUGGGAAUGUCCAGCAAGGGGAUGCUGACUUCACCAUAAAACAGGAAGGGCAGGAGCUUUUUCUGCAGGAGAGAUUCAAGGGGCAUUUUGUCUUUUUCCCUAGGAGAGAGCAAAGCACUCCUUUUGUGGGCAUCACGGCAUAAAAAGUCUCUGCCAGGCUGGGCUGAGUUCUGCCAGAGAUAGAUCUUAUGCCACCACAUGCAUCAUCUGUCUUGGGCCUCAUGAGAGUACGCUGGCCAAGGUCAAGAUCCAAGCAAGGAAGUCAAGCUGAAGCCUGCAGCAGUUGCCUUUGCCAACUGGGUGCUCACACACCCACACCAAACGUUCUUGGGCUCGAAGUCCCACCAUCCCCGACUUUAAUCUAUGCUGGCUGCUAGCGUUGCUAGGAAUUGGAGUGCUGGAACAACAUCUGGAAGGCACAGUGAAUCCUUGCAGGGCUUGGCUAACUCUGUUGUAAUUAAAAAUAAAAAUCCCAUUAAGGCUCUGUCUGGCUUAGAACCUGGGCAGAGGGAGAUGAGAAGACCCCCACUGUGAGAUGAAUUAUUAAGAAUAAAGAUGACAUGAGGUUCCUGGGAGAUGGGGGCUUGCUGAAGGUUGCCACCUUUUUACUGAUCUUGCUCUUGUGCUUAAACAGUAGGCUCAGCACAGUGAAAUCAGGCAUGUGCAGCUUCUUUCUCCCUUGCCAGAAGAUUCACCCACAAAGGGUGUGUUCAUAUUACUGCCUUAAAGCGCACUGACAGGGGUGUGGAUGUCUUUCCCUGAUGCAUAGCUGCCCACACCUUGGCUAGAGACUAAUUAGGAAUAGCUUAAGGGCUCCAAUCAGUGUGAAGCUGGUUUUGAGAAGCAACGGCAUCAGGCAGUAGUAUCUUAUAACGAAAUACAAUAUUCAUUUGCAUUUUUGAUGAUGUCUUGUGAACACAGACUAAAAACCCAGCACUGGAAAGCUAAUGAAUGCCCAGUAAAGGGGAAUGUCAAUGUGUUGAGUUGCUGUUCAGGGCACAGGAGCCAGGGCAGUAAAAAGGUGACAGCCUUAGCCACCUUUUAAUGAUGAUGUUUUUAAAGCAAUUUAUUGGGUUUUACAAUAAAAAUAAACAUGGUGAACAAUAUAACAUUUGUCUUAACAUAGUUUCACAUUUUCUUUGGACUUCCUCACAUCUCCCGCUCCCACUUUCAUCGUUAUAACAUUUUAUCAGCAAUUUAUCAUCUUAUUUAAAUUCUUAUGUCCCUUCUAUAUUUCAUAAUCUUGUAAUUCUCGAAAGGAAUUAAAUUUUCACAAUCUUAUUUGUUUUCUUAGAAAAAAUUCUAGAUUUAGUGGUGCUCAGUUGUUUUAGUCUAGCAUCUUAUUUAACAUUCACUCAAAUUACAAUGUUUUUGUAAAUAAUUCUUAAAUUUCUUCCAAUCCUCCUCUAUCCUCUCUUCUCCCAGGUCACGAAUUCUGCCGGUCAUUUCAGCCAAUUCCAUGUAGUCUAUCAGUUGCAUCUGCCAUUCUUCCAGUGUGGGUAGAUCUUGAGUUUUCCAGUAUUUGGCGAGAAGUAUCCUUGCUGCUGUUGUUAGGCCUCUAGAAAUCCAUAUUUGGUCGAUUCUUGUCCAGGUCAGUUGGGCUUCAGAAAAGAAUGUUCCCUCUCUUCCUAGUGGGUUCUUUGUCCUCCAAAUAUCAAUCAAAUCCAUAUUGUCAGUCAUUUCAAAAAAAGUCUUAGGUAGUCUGCCGUCUUUUGUAACAUUUUGACUUUGUGACUUGUCCAUGUUAGUUGAUACGACCCCAUUCAUAUCUCCCAUCAUUAUGAUAUUGUUGUAAUCCAGAUAGUCCAGCAUUGUCUCGUGCAGCUUCUUGUAAAAUUCCGAUUUCCCUUCAUUAGGUGCAUAGAUUCCUAAUAUCAACAGUUUCUCUCCUUGAUGUUGUAUCUCAAUAGCCAAGAUUCUUCCAUGUUCAUCUUUGAAUAAGAAUUUAGGUGACAGGCUCUCUUUGCAUAUAUCACCACGCCUCUCUUCUUAACUUUGUCCGACGAUACAAAUUCCUGGCCCAAUCUUUUAUUUAUUAACACUUUUCUAUGGAGCCUCGUCACAUGUGUUUCUUGUAAACAGAUAAUGUCCAAUUGUUCUUUUUUAAUAUGUGAAAUAUUUUCUUCCUUUUUCCGGAAUGUUACAACCAUUAAUAUUCCAGCUCAGCAAUUGCAGAGACAUCCUGGAUCAAUCUGGUUAUUUCUCCAGGGGUGGUGUCUUCUCUGAAUCUUCAGGUUCCCCAGGUGCUGGUGUUAAUGCUGGCGUUGCCCCAGGCCCAGAAGGUAAUUCAAUUCCUUUUUGAAGGUCCUCUCCGUAUGUAGUCAAAAAUUUGUCUCUCUCUUCCAAUGUUCUAACUUUGACCUUUCUCCCUCUAAAAGUAAAAGAUAUUCCUUGGGGAAAUUCCCACCUGAAUGGAAUUGCGUUGCUCCUUAGUAGUUUAGCAAGUUCAGAAUAGGCGGCUCUAAGAUCCAGCAGUUGUCUUGGAAUAUCUUUAUAUAUUUCAAUUCUUCUGUCCAAAACCUCCAGUGACUUUCCGUAAUGUAGGCCCAAAAUCUUAUCCCUUUCCUCCUUUGAUCUCAAUGUUAUCAAACAGUCUCUGGGCCUCUCCUUCUUUAUGAAUCUUCCAAGUCUGAAAGCUGACACAAUUUUAAAGUCCUUUUCUUCCAAAUUCCAGAACUUGGAGAAUUCUUUGGUCAAAAAUUCAGUUAAAUUUCCUUCUUCUGCCUCUUGUAAUGAUCUAAUCCUCAGAUUGUUCUCACGAUUUCGCAGUUCUAUCAUAGAAAGAUAAAUCUGAUGUUCCCCAACUUGUUUAGUAAGUGGUCUUACCUCUUGCUCUAAAUUUUCUAAUUUUUGUCUGGUGUCCUCAGCCAAUUUCCGAUUUUCUGCUGAGGCCUCCGUUAACUGUCCAAUUGCUUGUGUAUUCUGUACCACUUGUAUGGUUAAUUUAUUUAGACAUUCUGUAUUUUUGUCAAUCUUUGCUGAUUGCACAUCUACUUUCUUGUCCAAAGCUUCCAAUUUUUCAAAGAUUUUGUCUAGAACAGAAACAGAUACUCCUGAGGCCAUAUCUUCCAGUUGUAACUGCUCUGCUUCACCCUCUCCCUCUUUUGCCUGUAACAAGGCAACUUCUUCAACUUCUACUUCUGAGGGCAAAGUAGGUACAGAUGAUCUACGUGUCUGCGAGGCUGAGGUUAGAGUUGUUAAAGUUGUUUGUCUAACUCUCCCUCUUUUUCUUGUGCCACUCAUUCCAACGUUAUCUAUCAGUCAAGGUCACACUGAGUUUUUCCCAUGGGAAUGGAAAGGCCCAGAGCGGCAAACAACAAGGGAAUCAAAAGUAAAUGUACAUGUAAAGUCACUGUUUUAAUCCAAUCCUCUAGAGGGAGCCUAAAAUGUCUUUCAGAGUCUAAUUUAAUAUCCAAGAACCUUCAGAUACAAAUAUUUAGCAGAGUUUAUAAAUGGUCACUUUGUUACAGACAGUGCUUAUUUGUCUCAAAAAGAAUGUUUCAAAUUUAAAAGGUCUCAAUACCCUCAGAUUGUUGCAAGUUCCAAUAUACAGUAUCCAAAUCUGCAAUACUGACAGCUCAAUCUCUCAAUGCUCAGGCAGCUCCUGACUCUGGGUUUCACCUUCUAAUUUGUAAUCCAAUAAAAGGAGGAAAGUCAAGUGCAAGUAAUAAUUCCAAAUCUUUAACUUAAAGUCUUUACCUUCAAUUGCAAGUUCAGUAGAUGCUUAGAUCUGUAAAGUUUAAAAUCUCUUUCUUUCAGCCUCCACUCCUCCAGCUCGUUGCUUUUUUCAAGUUCAAUGGCUGCGGAAGACGGACUUCCUGUUUCCACGUCUCUCCGUCUCUUCAGACCAAUUAGAAUUUUUCAUUUAAAAUCUCUAAUUUCAAGUAGUUCAGUCUUAACUCACGAAUAAGUUGCUUUUCAUCCGAAUCCGUAUUUUAACAGGAAAAGGGAUCAGCGCUCACCGGCAACAGCAGCGCGGCUUCGCUCCACAGACUGUGAAGCAGCUCUCAGCGCCGCAACCCCCCUCCACGCUCCGGAGCCCCUUACGGGGUUCCUUUCGCGUUUGGAGGGUCGCUCAAGGCGCCCACCGAGCCCCAAGACCCCAAGCUCUUGCUGCCUGGGGUUUUCCGAUGUGGGUCUCCGCUUCGCCAUAGCGGACGACCCGUUGUCUGUGGAGCCUCCUCUCCCGUUCAGAAGAGGACCGCCAUUUGCCGUUCGCGCCGCCCCCGGAAGCCCUUUUAAUGAUGAUGAAGGCAAUAAUAAUACUUUCCACACCCCACCACUUUUGGAUGAGAAUGCCCCAGACUAGGUUCUUUCCAGAGAAUGAACCAUAUUUCUUUUAUCUGGUAGAUCCUGGGAAACACUGGAGAAAGUCCACACUCUGAUAAGGAUCUCAUGGCCAGUUAUGGAGCAGGGAAUCACAAGUGGGGAGGGCCCUGCUGUUUCACUCAGGUCCUGCUUGCUUAUGGGCCUCCCUUGGGGCAUCUGGCUGGCUACGGUGAGAAUUAGGUGCUUGACUAGAUGAGCUCUUCUAAUGUUUUUAAUUAUGAGUUUCCUCUUUGCAGACAAAAUCAUUCCUCAUAAUUUUUCUCUCACCCCUUAUCUGCACACUUGAGCUGGCUAAACACAGGAAACUAGUAUUAAACAACCUGCUGCACAAGAAAAAUAGGAACAAAUUAAAGGCAAUUGAGGGUGUUUUUGAAAAAUAUGAGAGCGCCUGCUCCCAUUGGCAUGUUGCUGGGGGCUUCCCACAACCUGGAAUUAGGCCUGGCGGGCAAGGAGGGUUAUUGGCUUCCUGUGCCCAGUGGUAUCUGAGCCAGUCUGUGCCCUACUUGCCUUUCAUGUAGUGGGUGAUGAACGUACUCCUGGGAUAGCAUGCAGGAUCUCAGUGGGACAAGUAUGACUGGGCAUUUGGCCAUGAACACAAAAUGAAUUUCAAAAGUGGAAUGCAUCAUCAGCAACAAAUCUGCAGAGUGCAUGACGGAAAAUGAAGGGCAGAAGCACCCAAUUUUACACACAAUUAGUGGAACUUGUAGUUUGAUCCCAACAGUGACAGAGAAUGAGGGAAAGUGGGGAUGGAAAAGUUAAGGUUCUCCCCCCCACACCCCAUUUUCAAGUAGGAAAUGCCAAGGAGUCAACUAGAGAUCCUCCUAGAUCUGCAAAAUCAGAGAGCUUUUAUCUCAAUAGUUGGUUGGUGGCUGUCAAUUCUUUGUUCACUGGUCCAUCUACAGGAACACAUCUCAUUUUUUAAACUGAGGUUUUCCUUACACUUUCCAAAGGCUGGUAUGCUAGGCUGAUUAAUAGAUCAGGGAGAAACGCCUGGGGAUAUGUUCCCCUUUGUGUGCUUGUGCUUCAUAAACGCCCAUAUUUUGGCACACGUCCCUUUCUGCACAAAGGCGUCUUUUACAAGUUGUUUAAAGUCUCCACCCUUCUUUGAUCUGCAUGGAAAUGAAGGGGCAUGUGAGGUUGUUGCUGUUCGAAUAGGUCUCAGAGUGGGCUGUUACUGGAGGGAACGGCCUCGCUUGCGGAUGAGGUCUGUCUCUCUCUCUCUCACACACACCCACAUACCCACACACCCACCUAUGAAGCUGUGUAACCCUGAGUCUGAUCAUUGCUCUAUGUCGUGUGGGACUACUGUCUACUCUGACAGGCAGCCACUCAAGAUUUGUGACCCCCUCAGAAUGCUUCUCUGCAAUCUUUUCACUGCGCUUUGGCCCUUUUGCAUAGCAAGCAGGUGCUCUAAUACUGAAAAUAAAUCCAUGCUAGGACCAUGGGAACAUAUUCAUUUAGUUUUCAGGAAUGCUUUAAUCAGGGGUCAGCAAACUUUUUCAGCAGGGGGCUGGUCCACUGUCCCUCAGACCUUGUGGGGGGCCAGAUUAUAUUUUGAAAAAAAAUCUAUGAAUGAAUUCCUAUGCCCCACAAAUAACCCAGAGAUGCAUUUUAAAUAAAAGGACACAUUCUACUCAUGUAAAAAAACACACUGAUUCCCGGACCAUCGGCAGGCCGGAUUUAGAAGGUGAUUGGGCCGGAUCUGGCCCCCAGGCCUUAGUUUGCCUACCCAUGGCUUAAAUGCUUUUUUUGGAGCAAGUGUCAUAAAGACCCCUGGAAUACUAGGAUAUUGGCAGUGAAGGUCAUGAAAAUAAAAGGAGGCAAGAUCUGGUGCUUUUGUUAAUCAGCUGUUUAUUUAGCUCAAUGCAUUUCAGAGCCGUCUCCUUUGUCAGGAGCAAUAGAUUAAACACAGUAAAAAUAAUGAUAAAACUUGCAGGCCAGUGACAUUAUUAAUGGGAAAGAACACAUAUUGGGUGAAAGACAUACACCCAAACAUGUAAGAAAUCUCCUAUUGCAUUGUACAUUUCCUCACUAGGGAUGCUGCCUUGGCUUGCAUUUGUGGCCAGAUAACAGAGGUGCUUCCUAAGUAAACUUUUACUAUGGCAGUCUUAACCAGGGCUGGCUCAAGACAUUAUGGCACCUGAGGCCCUGGUUUUAACGGUACAAAUUCAGUGCCUAGGAAAGAACAGAAUAUAGUUUGGGUGUGCUUCUAGGGCAGGGGAAUAACAGCAAGAAUUCCAGACUUGGAUGAUCUUCUUUUUUAUCAAGUGGUCUAUAAAUUUUCUAAAUUAAAAAAUUAGUAUAUAAAAGUGAGGACAACAAAAUGUUGUCAAGUAUUUUGAAUUACAGUAUAUAUGUAAGAGACAUCAAUGGAAAAAUAAAGAUUUGGGUUGGUGUCUUGCAUUUUUCUCAGUGUGCGAUUUAAAAAAUAAUAAAAAUGGAAAAAGCAGUGACUCAUGAUUGCCAUGAUCCUAGGCAGGAAAACUGAUUUGCUUUUUGUGUGUGGGAUAUUUUGCUGUACUGCAUCUGACUUCAUCAUUCCCCAUCACCUUAUUUAUUGUCAAAAUGUUCACCCUAUGUUUUGCAAAUUAUGGCUGCCAGAAUAAAUUGUAUACAUCGAUGCACAGUUAUAUAAUGUAAUUGGAGUACUAAACGCAGAGAUUCUUGGCAUGGAAUCUUUUCUGGAAUACACCCCUGAAGGCUCAUCAAGAAGGGAGGGAGGGAGGCAAUUUGGGCUUUGCAAAGGGGUGUGUGUUGGGGGACAGUGACUGCUCCUUAAUGAGCGAGGCAUCUUGUCUGUGGGGUGGCUCAUUCAGUAGAUGCCAAUACCCAAGUGCCCAACCCCAGGCAGCAGCGCCCUCCAUGGUUCCCUCUGAGGGGAGGGGAGACCUCUGUUAAGUUGCUGCGAGGACAAUUUCCUCUGUGCCCUGUGCCACUCUGUAGGGCAGGCAGCGUGAAGGGCCUGCUGGUGGUGGCAAGGAGUGAGCCAGGAGGGUUUGUUGUCCUCCAUCUUGCCUGCCAAGAGGCCCUGUCCAGUAGGCCAAGGGGAGGCCUGCUGGCUUCCCUGUCUGGGGGGCCCCAGAGACUCAGCUGGACCAGGGAUAGAAGAAGGUGAGAACUGAGAAGGCCAGCCCCAUCUUUCCCUCUGUGAGCCCAGCCCCACAUUUCCUCCUCUUGCCUCAUAUCUGAGAACCUUUCCCCUCAUAGGAAAACCUAUGGCAAGCAAUUAAAUGAUUUCCAAAGAGUGAUCUGCUAUCAGUAGAAAAUGAUGCCAGCAAUUGCCAGCUGUUUAUGUCAGACUUCACCCCCAUUUUGUGACAGGCUUCUCUCGCGCACCCCCAUUUUGCAGACUGGUGAGCCUCACUAAUUUUCUGUGGGGUAUUCCAAUCGUGGUAUCUUGGUUGUAGUAUAAUAUGGUGAGCGCUGAGCAACUCAAAAAGAUUCAGGCACACCUCAGUCUACUUCAGACAUAAAGGAAAAAUGGAUCCAGUAGCAAGUCACAUGAUGCGUUGUAACCUGCUUCUUUAUAGUGUUCAAAAUUUUUGUGAUUUGUCCACUGCGCUUUGCAGAUAGGUGAGUGAUGGCUGCCAGGGUAACUCAGAAAAGUUGGGUUCUCCUUUCUAGUACAAGCUAGCCCACCUUCUCCGCUGUGCGUCCUAAGAGCUCCCACCUAAUUUCAGAACCAGGGUCUAUGCUUUAUUAGGCAGCUGGUCUUUGAAAGAGUCUGCUGGGCAUGGUUAGAAAAAGCAGAAAGUCCCAGGAACAACAGCUGCUAAUUUCUGGCAGAGGCAAUAGUUCACACUUGCAGCCCAGGAUCUCUUGUUAAGUUCUUUCUGAGGAAGAAAGUUUGCACAUGGUAACUUUUAUCACCUUGCUUUCAUUUAAUUGCAUUGCAUUUAUUAUAUUUAUAUCCUGUUUUUCUUCCAAGGAAUUUAGGGUCCUCCCCGCACCUGCAUUUCAUCUUCACAACAAAUUAUGUGAAAUCAUUUUAUUAUUGAUGAUUGAUUAUAUUUGUUAUAUUUAUUAUACUUGUUAGUUGCUAUAAUUUGCCCAAGGCAACUCAAAGUGACUCACACUUUGAUAGGGAGAGGAUAAAGUAGGAUAGACUGAGCUGCAUGAAAGUCUCCAGCAUUGUCACUUUGGAGGGACCGAUAGACUUAAAGGCUUUCCCUGAUUUGGUAAAUUCAGAUAUUUAUCACCUUUAAAAUAAAAGUGUGAUUUAGCCUCAGAUGUUGAGGAAAAGGACACUCUCUGUGCUUGAAGCACAUUCUGCAGAGUGGGUGGUUCAUCUGAAUUCAUUUGGAGAUGACAAGUUAAUUGUUGUCAGAUGUAUUCGUUUUGGCAGCGAGCAGAACUGCUGAGACUGCAGGAUCCUGACUUUUGGUCUCUUUGGCACUGGUGUCACAGUGAAGGAAGCCACCCUUGCAAGAAGGGAGGUUGGCUCUUGAGCCCGCGGCCUACCCUGCUACAAAGAUCACUCCCAGGAGGCCAAUCUUAUGUCUUCUGAGCAUGUGCGUAGAUGCUACUGUACUGCUUCCAUUUUAAAUCAAAAAGGCCACAAUUUUCUCAAUGUUCAGAAUGUGGAUACAUAUUGGGGUUCCCCUAAUCUGGAGUUAGAGUUCCUAUUCUUUGUGGUAGUUGAAAAGUGGGUAAGUGAUGCAGUCUCCCAGAAACCUGAAGGGGGUUUGGCCCAGACUACCCUCUCCUUUUGCUUUGUUUCCUUAUAAUGUGGGAAGAGGGCUUAUUGCUUUGCUGUUUUGUUUUAAUUAUUUAGUUGUGUUUUUAUCUUGUAUUUUAUUCUGUGAACCACCCUGAGGUCUUAAAAUUCAUACACCCUGAGGUGUAUGAAUUUUAAUAAUAAUAAUAAUAAUAAUAAUAAUAAUAAUAAUACAAUAUGUUCUGCUAAUUCUUGCUUAAAUAGCCUACCCUAGAUUCUAGCAAAUGCUAAUAAUGCAAUUAAAAGAAGCAACACAAUCUCAUUUUUAAAAUAGUAAUUUAUUAAAUGCUUAAAUAUUUUUGCACAUUUAUUUCAUAAAAUUUAUUUACCACUUGAUUGUAGCAAAGCAACCUUAAAGAGGUUUACAAAAAGAGUAAAACAAAAAAAAUCACUGAUAUUAACAGUUUAAAAGAGCUAUUUAAAAAUUAUGUAAAUUAGAUUCCCUUAUGUUAAGAAUUUAUGUUUUCUUGGAGGAGAAAGAGGAUUGAUGUAGCAGUCACCAGAGCAAGAGCUGGCUUUCUCAUAAAGAAAAGUGGGCAGCUGCAGAUUUCAAAGGCAGGGAGGGCACCUCCAGGCUAGGGCUGGCAGAGAGCGUGCUGUAUGUUGAGAGCAGAACAGGGGACAACAUGGACAAUAUUCAGAAGCAUAAUAUAAACUCUUUAUGAUACACUCUAGCUGGCUUUAGAAACCCAAACCCAGCUUGUGCUGGUGGUAUGAUGGGUCUGCCAUGCUGUCAUCAUGGCUGCUUUCUAAAGCUCUUGGCUUUGGAGUCCCAUUUCUAGCUGGAGUGACUGUGAGAAAACUGUACUAAACACUUUUAGCCACUUCUUUUUCCCAUACCUCCCACCCCCAGUUUAGGGGGAACUUUCCUUUUUCAGUAUAAUUCCACCAGGGGACACCUUGUAAGCCUGCAGUCCUGGGAAGCCGGACCAGCAGCUGCAUAAGCCCUUUUAGUCUCUCUUUUUCACACACACACACACACACACACACCCCUGCGCACUGAUAUCUACAAUAAUAAUAGUUUAGCAACAGCCCCACCCCUGCUCAGUCAGGGGAAGGAUUUUGCAGCGUAAGCUGUCUGCCGCCACUCUGUCGAGACUAGGUGAGCGCUUCAUUUACACGGUAGAGGAGCUGGGCUCGGUGGAUGGCGGUGGUUCAGAAUGGUGGCACAAAAAAUCAGGAGGGCGGAUACGUCGAUGUUCUCUGCCAAGUAGCAACCUGAGUCCCGGCAGGCACAGUUUCCACCUGUUGCUCCUCCUGAGCCAUUUCACGCCCUCCUUUCCUUCUCUUGGCAGGAUUCCCAGUCCCUGGACAGUUGUAUCCAGAGUACGCUCUCAGCACUCUACCCUCCAUUCGAGGUCACAGCAGCCACGGUUCUGUGCCAGGUCUUUGAUGUGGUGGAGAAGACAUACCGUGGGGACGGCCUGCACUACCUCAUCGACUUUCUGAUUCCAGCCAAGCACAUCUUGCAGUGUGUUCAGCAGGAUGCCUGUGUGAGUAUCAUGCUGCCUCCAGGUUGACCCAGAAGAUUCUGCUAGCGCUGCAGGUGGGAGCUGAGAACCCGCCAUGAUGCUCAUGCCUAGGCUCCUACUCAGCUAAGGAGGAGGGGGGACAGGGAGCAGUGCCACCAGAUGCACUGGUGAAAGUAGCCAAAGGGUAGCCAAAGAAUCCUUAAGGGGACACUGCCCUCUUGCCCAUGGCAAUGAGGCAUACUCUGGAUUCCCCAUUUCCACCCCCACCUCCCAGUAGCAGUGAUUAUUUUGGAAUCUUUAAAUGUUCUGACUUGUUAUGUGUUUAUCAUAGUGAACAAUUAUGUAACUGUCCUACUUAAGAAAAACAAUGUUUUUUUCGGAUUUAAAAACAUUUUGUUUUAUGCAAAUGCAUCAGUGUUGAAGGCCAGUCACCUUGUGACCUCCUUCCAACCCCACUGCAUUGCCAUGCCGGCAUCCUAGCUUGAGGGUCCAGCCUGAACAUUAGCAACAAAACAUGCCCUCCAUUAGCCACAUGUUCUCUAUAGAUGCAUAUUAACGCAAGAACAAGAAGGGUGGGGUGUCUUGUAGGAGGUGUGUUCUCUUGCCUGGAUUCUACAGUUACUCACCUUCAGCUCCCUCCCCCCACCUACUCUUGGCAGGCAGCAGACUGUCAAGUUUCUGAUGGAAAGGUGCCAAGUGAUUGCCCAAUCAGAAGUUUUGCUUCUGUUCUCCUUUGCUGUCACAAUAUUUGCGGAUCUCAGUAGCUGCUAAGGAGUCUCCUUCCCCAGUAGCAACUGUGGCUCUCUGGUUUGUGCAGACUUUACGGAACCAGAUCUGGCCCAGGACUCUGAUGUGGAACAUCUGGGUGGCUCUUCCUCCCCUCCCCACUGCUGCACAUUCAUUUCAGUGGGACUUAUAUAGAAGAAUUGGAAGAUUGUAACCUAUCAUGGUCUUCGUGGAACCCAAAACCUGUCCCCAGGGAUGGCUGCCCCAGCUUGCCUCCUAGCAGUGCUGCCUCUGUGUGGGACUCAUGCCUUAGCGUGUUUUCAUACCCAAAUCAGCUUUCCAUGGAAGUCAAAGGGACUUGUUUUUGUGCGCAGAGUCAGUCAGAGGGUUGCGGGUUGCGUAGGCAGACUAAAUCCAAAGCAGGGAAGGACCUGGGGCCUGUUCUAGCUUUUCUGUGGCCUCAGGAUCACCACCGUCCUUCUUUCCUCUUUUCUCAAGCUGUAGAACCACAUUCAAAGUGAACAGGAGAAUGAAAAGCCCCUCCCCCUUGGUGUUGCUACCACCAAAAUGCUUCAUUGAGCAGCUUUUUGCUUAUUGAUGCAUUGAUGCUUUGCCUUUUGAUCCUGGUCCCUGACUCAUCCUUUAAAACAGUAUCACAGUAAAACAAAAAAAUUGACAAGUAAAUAAAACAUUCACCCUGGGAUUGAUGUUCUGAAGGGCAUGGAAAUGUCUGACAUUUUUAAAAAUGCUCCAGGACUGCAACCACAUAAACAUUGCAAAGCCGAAAAAGAAAAAGCGUUCAACAAGAUUUCAUUGCUCUUAGAAACCUAAACAUGAAGAACAGCAAAUUGAUAGAUAUGGGGAGGAAGUUAUACAAUGUAGCACCACAGGGGAAGGUCUCUAAUAGCUACAUUGAAAGGUGGCGUUACCUGAAGAUCUUACUAGUGAGUCAGGGGGUCUUUGAGAUACUCUCAUCACAAUUUGCCAUGUAUUAUAUAGAAAUAAAAUGGGUUGUGCACACUCAGACAUGCCAAAAGUCAAUGUAAGACCAGCCCCAGUUUUCCAGCAUCUGGCUGUUUCCAUUUGUGCUGCUGUUAAUAGAAAGCUAUGAGAUCAUUGUUAGGAUGUUGUCUGUUCUGAAAACCUGCUUGCGGUCAGUUCACCUGGAUUAUCAUUUUCCUUCAGGUCCAGUAUUGUGGAUUGCUGUUCCGGCAUGAGGGCUGGCCCCUCUGCAUCCAUGAGAAGAUUGUAGUUCAACUUGGCUCCUUCGACUGGCGGAUCCUGAGACCAGGAGACUUUUACCUGCAGGUGGUCCCUUACUUGAAAAAGUCCCCACGAAUCAUUGUGAAAUGUUUGGCCGAGGACAAGCAUAAUGUUGAUGAGCUUGUGGUCCCUGAAGUCUCCUACACUUCCAUUUUCACUGUGGAAUGGCUGAAUGGCAUCAACAGGGAGCGGAUGGGAAUGGCACUGGAAAACUGCUUACUAGGCACAGAAGAUAAAAUAUUCCGGGUGCCCUGGGACAGAAUAGUCAAUCCAGAAUUUAUUGAAAGCCCCCCCAAAAUGAACGGUGGCCUAAGUUCUGUUCCAGGGACUGAACAGCCUUCAGAUUUGGUCUUUUCAGAGGUGCCGUCUCAAAGCAGCUCCCAAGUGGAGUCCCAACUUUUUAAUGGGCCAAGUUUACCUGAAGACAGCCUCUUCAUGACCAAUACAACAGAGCAACUUGUGAGGGCAGCUGCCAGCAUGGACUGUGUGAGCCCAGGCCUUGGAGAAGACUCUAUAAGUGACCUGGAAGGGGAAUAUGUGGAGCUCACAGAUGUUUCACUGCCUAAAUUUGGACCUCAAUCAGUCUCCCUCAAUUACUGCACUAAGCCGAGGAUGAGAGUAAAGGACAGGCCUGCAGCCAGUCAGGACAGCAGCACUUGCCUGAGGAAUGGAGUUGGUUUAGCAGCCAUAGUAAUGCCACAUGGGCAUCUGGACACAGCAAAGCCCUCUGAUACCCAGGCCAGUAAUGCUAGGAAUCUUUUGGAGGAUGAUCAUGAACUAGAAAGUGACAAAUUGCUAUUGGAAAAUUAUGAGGGGCCUGCUGCUGGCUCUGAUCCCAAGGAACCUUCUGAUGUAAAGGGACAGGCCCAGCCAGAACAUGAGCUUGACUGGAGGUACGCAAUGUGCAGCUACCAUGAUGGAGAAGAUGCUGAAUGUAGGUCUCUCACAGCUGUGGCUUCUGAAAUGACAGAGACAGCUCAGAGGAAUAGCACAGAGCUGGAAAAUAGCAGCAGGGCCUCUGAGCAUGGCUAUUGCUCUAGUGUGCUAGGAACAGGCACCAGGGAGGGUUGUGGGAGUUCUGGGAAGGAUAACUUCCCUGAGCCUCAUUUGGGACAUUUGGCCAAGGACUCUGACCCUUCCAGCCCAAGGUUGCAGGAGAAUGCCUUUUCCCCACCCAUGCCAAAGUCACUGCCACCAAAACCCUUCUCUGAUGUGAGGGUGGCUGCACACAGUCACCUCCUGCAAGAACUGUCAGUAGAAGUCACAGGUCACAAAUCUGAGUGGCUGGAGCUCCAUCACCCAGUUGAGCAGUUGGAGAAGGUGAGCCCAAGGCCAGCAGAAGAAUUAGUGGGGUUGGGCAGCAGUGUUUAUGGAGAGGAAAACCUCCAAUGUUUAGCCAAGCAAAGUCUCUCUGAGAAGGAGAAGCAGACCAGUUCUGGAAGCACCUUGCCACUCCAAGGUGAGACACAGGCACACCUGCUCCAAGAGGCUGGGCAAGAGAAUGUGGAUUGUUCUCAACAGCAAGCUGAGAGUGCUUUUCUGCCUGUCAGUUCUGGGAUAACAGCAAAAACAGUGGGGAGCAGCUGCAGUAGCCCUUCAGUGGAGACAGAUGCACAAGUUCAGGAUGCUUCUAAUCAGGGUAACAAAGAAGAAGCUGCGGCUUGUUGGGUGGACCUACCAUACCUGCUAAGCAAACCAAACACUUUGAUGUUGGAAACCCCCCCAAAGGUGGAAUGUUUGACAGGCAAGCCCCAACCCAAUAAGGAGGGCCCAGUAGCACCCCUCCCCUCUGCACCAGUGAAAACGAGGUUACAAGGCAGCACCAGGAAUGUCUCAAAUGGGGACCAAGUAGUCACAGGUAGGAUUUGUGUCAUUAAUUUGGGAAAUGUGGGUUGGUUUGUUCUUCUGGCAAGGGGCCUUUUAUGCAAGGAAGGCAAGGGGUGGAGGUUGAGAGUUCAGGCCUCCUCUGAUGCUUCCCUGCGCCAGGGAGGAGCUUUAGCAUCCUCAGAGUAUCCUAGGACAUUUUUGGACUAAAUGUGGAUUGAAUAUUAAUAGUAAUAAUCCUACCAAUUUCGGCUCUCCUUUUCCCAUCCUCCGUAAAAAAUGACACGCCCCCCUCCCCGCAACCCCCCCCCCCACAAAUUUCUAGCCCUUGUGUUCCAUGAAGGGUCCUGCUUGCCAGUUUCCUACAGGCAUCGGGUCAUUGGCCUGAUCCAACAGGACUCUUCCUAUGGUCCAUUUUGUGCAAAUAAGCAAUUUGCAUACAUUUGAAGUGUGCAAACUUUUCUGGAUACAUAAUUAAAUUUUCUGGUUGCAGGGUUUUGAUUUUUUAAGUGUUUGUGCAGCAUAUACAUAGGCAUAUAUAGUGCUUUUAUAACACUAAUCUAAACUAAGUGUGAAUAUGCAGGCAUGAGAGUUCCCAGAGAUGAGGUCGCAUCUUUGCUCCUCUUCCAGCCUUGCUGCCGCUGCCCUGCUAUCUUGAACUAAACCAUGGUUUGGCUUAGCAUGUUGUCUGAACCCAGGCUGGUAGUUUGUCUCCCCCUGGCAGACUGUGAGCUAGAAACCCACUUGGUUGCAACUUGUGCAAUGGAGUGAGACAAAUCAUAAACCUGGGUCCAGACAACAUGCAAAGCCAAAUCAUGGCUUAUUUUUGCUGCAGCAGCUAGGGAAAAUCACCUGGGGUGGAAACAGAAGGAUGAGAGAGGGGGCAGGGAAGCAGUCCAUUAGGGAUGUCCUUGUUGUUGUGACAUGAAAAGAAGCAGGCCUUGUUUGGUGUGCACUUGUGGAGCGUGUGUGAGUGAGUUUGCCUGCUCGCUCGGCACGUGCUGGAGCUGAGUCAGAGGAAUCGGCUGCCUGCCUGCCUACCUGCCCACACAGUUGUUGCUUAACACACAACAUUUCAAAAUGAUCCGUAAUGCAAAUGACGCUCCCUCCCUGAAGAAGCAUUUAGGUAAAGAUCUUGAUGAAUGCUUCAAGCAGGUUAGAGCAUCUUGCAUGCUCAGUCUAUUGUGGAAGGCAAAUACUGGCUGUAUUGGAAACCUGUGUAUUUGUCUGUCUGUUCCUUACUGACUCCUUCUCCCUGUCCUUUCUUGGUGGUUGGCUUCAGAGAUAUGGUGCACCAGCAGGGCUGGCUAUGUGGGCAGAAUCCAGUUGGAUUUACAUUAAAACAUAGGAUGUUGCCUUAUGCUUAGUCAAAUCCAUUUGUCCAACUAGUUUAGUACUGUCUACACUGACUUCCAGUGGCUCUCCAGAGUUUCAGAGAACAGUCUUUCAUAUCCCAUCCUGGAGAAGCCAGCGGGGAUAGAACCUUUGGACCUUCUGUGGGCAAAUUGGUUGCUAUCCCACUGAACUAUGAGCCAUUCCUCUAAUUUGUAAACUCCCUUGAAAUGAAUGAGACCUGUACAGAGGUGCUUUUUGAGGAAGUGGGUCCUUGGCACAAGGGCCUGGAGUGGAGGCCAGAUGUCACAGCACACCAGCAGACAGCAGGCCUAUAGCUGCAGACUUUGGAGAGGGACUGUGUGUGUGUGUAUAGAAGCAGGCAUUUUUUGGUGCCAGGGCUGCACUUCUUGCCUCCUUGGCUCUGAAAGCUUGCUCCCUAUGAGUCUUUACUUGGGUCUGGCUGAGAUGUACACAACUUGUGUUUAAUUGAGUUGUUGGCAGCUUUGCUAUCAAAAAAAGAUGCCCCUUAAUAUUAUUCAUUGAAGGAUAUUGUAGAGUCAGAAAGAUCUGAGGUAAUUUAAAAAAAAUCAAAAUAGUUGUAAACCUUCCCUUUUCUUGUUGGAAGGCAGCUUGUCCCAGGCCUUUUCCUCUUCCUCUUCCACUUCUGGAGGUGGGCAUGAAAACAAAGAAUGGGGAGAAAACUCCUUUCUGAUCCAUGCUUCUUUAGCAUUCUGGAGGAGGGUAACAUGGUGUGUCCUGGUCUGCAGUACCAGUAACAGCAGAAAUGGCUCUGAGACAGAAGCUGCAGAACAUCAACAUGGUUUGUCACCAAGGUUGGCUGCCCCAGACCUCUAGCAACUGCUGUUCCCAUUCCAUGCAGCAGGAUGUGUGCUCUAGGGGAGAGAAGUAGUUAUGACAUAGUAAUGGGUGGUGCUCAGCUUCUUUUAGUCUCUCAAGGCCAAACUACUGUAACACACUCUAUAUUGGGCAUCCCUAGAUGGUGAUAUAUCCAGAAGCUUCACUUGGCAAAAACACACAGCAGCCCACCUUCUCAGUUACAGCAAAGAACGAAUUACAUCAGUUCUCCAGCAUCUAUCUUAGCUCCUUAUUGUCUUCUGGUCACAAUGUAAGGUGUGGCUCUUGACCAAGAAAACUCUUAGGCUUUGUUUCUAAUUACCUCCGAGGCUGCCUUCUCUCCUCCCUACACUUGCCACAGGGAAGAUCAGUCGAGAGUGCCGCCUCAGCUGUGCCAUUUGCAUGCCACGUUUGACAAGUAAGGUGUUGAGAGAACUUUUUUUCCUGGUAGCUGCUUCUUGAGGCAAGAUGAGAUGUCAGGAGAUCUGAUAGCAGCUUUCUGCCAGUUGUUGUUGUUGAGAUUUUUUGUGUAUGGUGGUGGGGCAAUUGUUUCAGUUCAAUGCAGACAUAGAGCCUCACAAAUUGGAUAAAUGGGGAUUAGCACUUGGACAGGAGACAUUUAACCCUUUCCUUCUGUGCUGUUUUUCCAAUCUAAAUUGCCUCCCCAACCCUGAAGCUGCUUUUAUCCUAGGCACCUAUAUCCCCCUACAGGACAGCUUCAGUUAGGGGGCAUUUAAAUCAGGAAAAUGGUGCAGUCAGAUUAGAAACCUGCCGGUCUUGAAUUUGGUCCUAUGUUGUUUCUCUAGGUCUCAGCUGGUAUAUUUCCCAUGGGAGCUGUUACUACCCUCCCCUCUUUGGGCUGAUGUUCAAUGGCUAUGAAUAAGCAGGUGUGUGGAGUAGUGGCUUUUAAGCACACUAUAAUUGGGUAUUUUUGUGUUUAUUAUAUUUGCUUUAUUUUUAACUGUUGCAGUUUAAUAAAGAAAUGAAUUUUCUCUGAAUUUAUUUGGCAAUGGUGACACGGGUCUGUGUGUGCAUAUGCGACAGCAUGGGCUGUAGUUGCACAGUGAAAGUGAAGGCAGGCAAGCAAACCUGCCAAACCAACCCUUCCUUCUUCUCCUGAUUCUCCUAUGCAAAAGAGGCCUUAAGAGGAAAAAGCAACAAUUUUAUAACCCAAGCUUCACAGCCAAAUACCCAACACAAAGUGGGUGAUAGACCUAUUCUUCUAGCAUCACUUUUUCUUUUACAGAAGCCUCAUUGAAAUGGGUAGAAGAAUUCAGCAGAGGAGGUGACCAAAUUAGGCUGGUGCCAGCUGAUCAUGGAUCUAUGUGGGAAAAAGGCUCAGCAGUAGCCACACACCAAGAAUAUCCCUUCGUUCCAUCUGGUGGAAGUCAGCAAACUGUCCCCACUUCCAUGAAGGAUGUAAACUGGGAGGUGCUUAGGAGUGGAGUUGCCUGCCUGCCAGGUAAUAAGCAUGGCUCUUCAUAGACUGUUGCUGAAAUUCUAUAGUCCAUGUCUUCGGUCUUUGGGCUCUAGUCUUAAGUACUAGGUAGUAGUACUACUAGUAGUUUUCAAGUGGUGUUCCACAUACUGCAUUUGCAUGAAAAUCCUGCAAAUAAAAGCACCCAAACCAAGUAAUAGAAGGAGAGAACUGUGAACUGCCUUUUUUAAAAGCAAGCGUCUUUCACAUUUUCAUCCUUCUACCUCACUAAGUCAGGUUAGUCUUGUUUAGAAGAGAGCCCAGGAAAUCUUCUGUGUUGGGGUUCCAACAGAGACAUCCUUUUGGAUCAAAGGCCCAAGGUGAAACCCCCUAGGUGUUUUGUCCACUAAAAGGAUUAGGAGCCACAGGUUAUCUCAUUAGAAUAAAGUCUGUGUGUCUGCCUGCAUUUUACCUGUCCAGGCGAAUGGCCAAUGGCCAGCAUAUCCCAAGGGCUUCCUGUGCAUGGAAAGAGCAUAACUGUAGUUCCUGCCCCGUAGCCAGAUUUAACCAAAUCAUCCUUAUUCACAGGCACCAGAGACAAGUAUGGACAUGCCGUGGUCAUCAUCACAAUGAGGAAUACAAUUUGGCUAAACCCACACUGCAAUGCUAGUGAGCUGAUGCGCCUCCUCCUGUACUUACGGAGUGUCCUCAGGUUUGUGGGAUGUCUGAGGAAGGGAAGAAGGAGAGAGUGACCAGAGCAGGAAGAAAUGUUGCUGCACAAUAUAUGUAUCACACCAGUCGGCCUUCUAGUGUUUCCCGUUCUGCAGGCUGCAUUUCUUCUCCAUGUGUGCUGUUUGCAGAGAUACUGUGCUUUUGAAAAUCAGGAGGCAUCAGGGCCAUCAAGCCCUGAGCACAGCAGCUUAGUUAACCUUCAAGAUGGAAGUACUGUUCUUGUUGCUGUUUUGCUAAAAUUGCACUGUGACCUACUUUACUGGGUAGUUGAGAGGAUAAAAAAUGAUAAAGUGCUUUGUCAAAUUUUAAAUGGCAUUACGAAAAGUAGUAAGCUGCAAGGGACUGUUCAAAUGAGAACAUAGUAUGUAAAGCCCAUACAGUACAUAGUAUAGUAGCAUGGAUGACACUGUGCCUGGACAGCUAACCCAGGCAAGCCUGUCCCAGCAGAAACUCACACACUGGAUUUGCCAAAGACUUGCAUGUAGAGUCUAAUGUGCACAGGCCAGAAAAUCCUGGUUGUGUCCCAGAUUCUUUUUUCCUUGAUUUUUAAGACUCACUUGUUUUUAUAUUACUUCAGACCUUGCCUAAGCACUACCCUCAGGCCAGGGGUUGACAGGCUAGAGAUCUUCUUUAUUACAUUAAUUGCCUCAUUUCCUCCCAAGAAGGUUGCACUCAUGAUUCUCCAUUUCCCCAUACGGAAGUUUUUAACAUUUUAUUAUGCUUUUAUAUGUUCUGGAAGUCGCCCAGAGUGGCUGGGGAAACCCAACCAGAUGGGUAGGGUAUAUUAUUAUUAUUAUUGUUGUUGUUGUUAUCAUCAUUAUCAUUAUCAUUAUUAUCAUCACCACCACCCUGUGAGGUAGGUUAGGCUGACAAGACAGUAAGGUUAAAGGUUUCACUGCUUCAAGGUUCAACAGUGGAAAUUUAAUCCUGAUCUCCCAGGUCUUAGCCCCGUUAAUAUCUCUCCACCUUAUUCCAUAUUUUGGGGAAAAUGUGUAGAAGUGAAGAAGUUGGGGAAGGGGAAUACUUUUCCCCCAUAGGUCUGAAAAUUUAUCGGGUCCCUUAUUAGCACCUUUAAAGCUAACCAAUUCAGGCUGCAAUCCUGUACAUACUUAUCAAGGAGCAAUUCUCAUGGAGUAGACAGUACAUAUUAGUAUGAUCCUUGGCUUGCUGUUGUCCACUAGACACAGGAAACUAUGUUGGUCUGUUCCAGAGAUUCUUGCUGGGUGGGGUUUUGUUAAUAAUAAUAAUAAUAAUAAUCAUAAUAAUAUUGAUGUGCUAAGUUAAAUUUUAAAUUCUAAGUUUCCUUAGAAUUACAAUAAUUUACUAUUACAAUCCAUGUUUAAUGACAUUUAAUUAAAUGUACUUUUAUUUAUUUCUUUAAAUGUGCAGUUAUUUAAAACGAAGAUUAAAAAUGCCCUUAUGCAUGAUUUUAAAGUGCCCUUUUGCGGUAGUUCUCUCCCCCCACCCCAUGAACAUUCCUUAAAUAAAAUCCUGAGGACCAAUGUGGAUAGUCAGCUGCAAUUCCACUGAUACCGUGGAAGAGAAGGGCAAUAAUUGGGUAGUGCCAGGUUCCACCUGUCUAGAAGCACCCUUGGUUGUAUAAGAGAUAGGGCCAGUGGGUUGAGGGCUGUUGAGGGCUGCUGUUGCUGAGAGGCUGUUGUCUGGAGUUGGGCGCUCUGGAAUAGCUUGUAUGGAUUCUCAGCAAUGAAGUCUUCUUUUCUUUUUGACUUCCAGGCCCGAGUGCCAGGCUUUGGGCCUAACCAUCCUGGUAGAUGCCCGUCGAUGCUCUCCAGUCCCAGCUCUCUUUAAAGCUUUAGCUGUUCUGCAGGUGAGGCCUUUGCUACCAACUCCUUUGUCUUCUCCUCUUCCUUCCAACCCCAAAGAGUGACCAGAGGAACCCAGUUAGAACAAGCAGGUGGCAGUGCCCAUCAGGCCAUCAAAUUUAUCUCUUUCACUUUAAAAAAAGGAAUGCCUUGUAGGAAGGCAGAGCAAAGUCUGUGCAAAGCAAACAGUCAAGAAAAGAUCCUCGCCCGGCUGCUCAUAAGACCAGAUGAGACUUUGGACCAGAGCCAAAUCCAACAGCAGGGGCUCCUCCAAUCUCUGUUUCUGCUCUUUCAGGAUGCUGUCCCGCGCUGUAUCCAUGGGGCCCUGUUGCUUGUUGAGAAAGAUAUCAGUUUUCGAUUGGAAAAACCAGCUUCUAUACAGGUAUGAGUGGUAUUGACACAUCUUUUUCAUCUCUGAGCACUUCACUCUUUUACUCUCAGGCUUGUUUGCCUCUGCAAUUCUUUGUUGCAAAAUUCUGGGUAGUAUUAUCUAGCACAGAGUUUGAAUGUAGAAGAAUUUCAACUUCCUUUUAUUUUCCGUUAUUUAGCUUCCAAGCUCAGUUGCAGGGAGACUUUAGAAAACGUGCUGGAUGGGCCUGUCUGUGUGUCACUCCAGGUUGCAUGGACUGGCACACUGUGACUUUAUAUUUUUAACAAACCUGCUUAAAUGACUACCUUUUAUUUGGAGAGGUGUUUAACACUACACCACUCAAAUAAAAGGAACUGCUGGGGGAUACAGUCCACUUUUCUGUAAAAAUGUUUUUUCCCUGUAGAUAUUUAUCUGCUGCCUCCCAGUGAGAAGAAAAAGAGCCAUUUUGAAUUUCCCAAAAUGCAAAAAGCACAUCAGAACACGGCUUUAUAGGAAAAACAAAAAGGCUGAUUUGAUUCUCUCUCUUCCCUUCCCACAAAUUAAUUUCACAUUAGCUCCAAAAUACUGCUGAGACAAAACAGCUUAUUUCAAAGCUGGUAAAGAAGCUCAAAAAUUGUCCUUUUGGUCUAGCUGCAGCAUUGAUAUUUGUUCCUCUGUGGCCUCUUGCAAUCCUCCAAAUAUAAAAGGUUCUCUCCAGCUACAUUCAACUCAGUACAGACCCAUUGAAAUUAAUGGAUUUAGAAUAGAAUCAUAGAAUCAUAGAGCUGGAAGAGACCACAAGGGCCAUCGAGUCCAACCCCCUGCCAAGCAGGAAACACCAUCAGAGCACUCCUGACAUAUGGUUGUCAAGCCUCUGCUUAAAGACCUCCAAAGAAGGAGACUCCACCACACUCCUUGGCAGCAAAUUCCACUGUCGAACAGCUCUUACUGUCAGGAAGUUCUUCCUAAUGUUUAGGUGGAAUCUUCUUUCUUGUAGUUUGGAUCCAUUGCUCCGUGUUCGCUUCUCUGGAGCAGCAGAAAACAACCUUUCUCCCUCCUCUAUGUGACAUCCUUUUCUAUAUUUGAACAUGGCUAUCAUAUCACCCCUUAACCUCCUCUUCUCCAGGCUAAACAUGCCCAGCUCCCUUAGCCGUUCCUCAUAAGGCAUUGUUUCCAGGCCUUUGACCAUUUUGGUUGCCCUCCUCUGGACACGUUCCAGUUUGUCAGUGUCCUUCUUGAACUGUGGUGCCCAGAACUGGACACAGUACUCCAGGUGAGGUCUGACCAGGGCAGAAUACAGUGGCACUAUUACUUCCCUUGAUCUAGAUGCUAUACUCCUAUUGAUGCAGCCCAGAAUUGCAUUAGCUUUUUAGCUGCCACGUCACACUGUUGGCUCAUGUCAAGUUUGUGGUCAACCAAGACUCCUAGAUCCUUUUCACAUGUACUGCUCUCAAGCCAGGUGUCACCCAUCUUGUAUUUGUGCCUCUCAUUUUUUUUGCCCAAGUGCAAUACUUUACAUUUCUCCCUGUUAAAAUUCAUCUUGUUUGUUUUGGCCCAGUUCUCUAAUCUGUCAAGGUCGUUUUGAAGUGUGAUCCUGUCCUCUGGGGUGUUAGCCACCCCUCCCAGUUUGGUGUCAUCUGCAAAUUUGAUCAGGAUGCCCUUGAGUCCAUCAUCCAAGUCGUUGAUAAAGAUGUUGAAUAAGACCGGGCCCAAGACAGAACCCUGUGGCACCCCACUAGUCACUCUUCUAAGUGACUUUAAGAUUUAAGUUAGUUGUGUCUGUUAAUUUUAGUUGGUGGCAACCAAAAGUUCAGAAUAAAGCAUGCAAUCAUAGUUUUUGUUUGUAUGGAUUAUUUUGGGUGAAGGGGUGAAGACUGUCAACUUGCUCCAGAUCUGAACAUAUUUGUUUCAAAUUACAAAAGUGUUUUGUGCCCAGUCACUUUUCAUGACUUUUCCCUCUUUUAGGAUGACAACCUGACUCUUUUGUGCAUGAUUUAGAUUUCACAUGACUUGAGCAUGUGGAAAGGAACCAGCUUCUCAGGUUGAGAGAGCAAACCUGACAAGCAGACAGCAUCAACAUGCCAAUAUGUCGGCUCAAAGGAAAGACAACAAUUAAACUAGGGAAGGAGGCUGGGGAAGGCAGGGAGAUGUUCUCAGUGCUAGAGGAGAAAUGGCUUAAGCCUUAAGCCAAGGAGGCUCUGGAAAGAAGGGAGAGCAGCAGAAGACACCAAACAAGUACAGUCAUACCUCGGAAGUCGAAUUGAAUCUGUUCCAGAAGUCUGUUUGACUUCCAAAACGUUUGGAAACUAGGGCACGGCUUCUAAUUGGCUGCAGAAAGCUCCUGCAGCCAAUCAGAAGCCAUGGAACCCACGUUGGAUGUUCGGGUUCCAAAUAACGUUUGCAAACCAGAACACUCACUUCUGGGUUUGUGGUGUUCAGGAGCCAAAAUGUUUGACUCGCAAGGCGUUCGACUUCCAAGGUACAACUGUAUUAUCAAUUGAACCAGAUAAGGAGUGCUUUUAGGGGAAACCUGAGGGCAUUGCUUCCCUUUUGUAACUCAUGCCUGACCCUGGGUAGCUCCUCUGGUGCUGCUCUGCUGAGCUGCCACCAACUGGUCAUCUUGAGUUUCUGUUGUUGGGGGUUGAGCUGUGGCAGCCACCCUUCACCCGCCUUGAUUUGUUAGUCUGUGUUCACUCCAUGCACUUCUCUUUCAUUCAAGGAAAAUCUCAGGCUCUCAGCAUCCCUUGGCUCUUGGGACAAGUUUUUAACCCAUGGUGAUCAAGAAUCACUCUGAUCCUCCCUAUCCCCUACUGCUGGCCAAAGAUAGAGGCAAAACAUAGCCAUCAUAGCUGGUAGCCCUUGACAGCUUUCCCCUCUUCUGUGAGCUUGUCGUACCUCCUUUAUAAAGCUAGCCAAGUUGUUGAUCUUGACUGACUUUUGUGGGAGAAAAUACCGCAGCUCAACUAGGUGAUGCUGUGUGAAAAAGUCCUUUCUUUUCUCUGUCCUGAACCUUCCAAUAUUCCUCUCUUGUUGCCCUAAUCUCUCUCCUCUCUGAACCUUUCCUGCAAGUGCCUUAUCCAAGAUGCAGCGCAGCUAGGAGGUAUCGGUGUGAAGGCCAGCAGGAGAGUCUGGGCCCAGUUCGCUGGCCCAUUGGCCUAUCUCAGGGCUCUUUGCCUCAGCUUUGCACUUGCAUGUUUGUUUCUCUUCAGUGGGAACUUCUCACCUCCAUGAAAUCCCUCCACAAGCACAUCGAGGGGGGGCAACUGCCCCUGGAAUUUGACGGGUCCCUUCCGUAUUGCCAUCAGGACUGGCUGCGCUUUCGAAUGGUGAGUGAUUGAUGCUCAGAUCCGGGCCCAGUAAUGCUGCUGCUUGGUGGUAUAAGCAGCUUUGGCCAUAGUCCAGACCAGUCUCUGGGGCCUCCCAGCUUUCCCCUCCCUAACCCAGGAGAAAACUGCUUGGUCUGGGAGCCUCAAGGAAGGAGGUAGGCUGUCAGUCAACUCUGUACUGCUUGCUGGCCUUUCAGCGCCUGGAGCACUUGCUGCAUGGAUGCGAAGAUGCCGGCACCUUCCUCAGGGAAGCCAUCCAAGCUGUGGAGUCCAGCAGCUGGCCAGAGAAAGCGGAGGUGAGUCUUCUGCUUCCCGUCUAUAGAACAACCAUCACUUGUUUCAAGAGUUUGAAGAGUAAGCAAGGGGAGGGGAGCACUGAGUAAAUGACACAAACACUAACAUUUACAAUCACCCCAAUGUAUCUUUAUUAUGUUUGGCCGCCAUGGCCAGAAAUGAAGGUCCGCUCCAGGAAGUAAAGAACAGUUGCCCAGAAUGUAUUGUGGGAAGGGAGUGGUGUGUCAGUCUUGGGCAUCCCGGUGCUUCUUUCUUGCCGCAGAGAGACAGCUUGCUGGGGAGGAGACCCUGGAGUGCCUGGAGACCUGGCCAGGCCAGCAGACUUUGCAGCACAACUACAGCAGAGAGCAGGAUAUAAGGAGACAGUGCCCUCUGCCAUUCUGUGUCAUCUUUUCAGUGUGAAACUUGGGUGCCUCUUGCUGUUCUGUUGGCCUCAGAGCAGCACCUACCUGUGUCAGGAAGGACGGAGAAGGACCAGUUGAUCUCAGAGCAAAACGACUGGGUCUAAAUCAUCAUAAUACCUCAGCAAAGAGGGAGGAUUCUCAUCUUCUGUUCCCAGGUCACUUUUAGGAGCUUGUGAGGGUGGGCAAUUUUCUCAGGCUGCUUUUCAUACUGGUUAAGAAAAACAUUUGAUUGUAAAUGCCCUGAGCAGGGUCUGUGUGCUUUUCUUGGUUUCUCAGGAGGCUGAUGCCUUGCUGAAGAGCUAUAGGCAAUUAAUGAAGACUGUUCUUGAUGAUAGACGGCUGGUCAGGUUGCAGCUGGAAGGAGGGGCACUUCUUGCUCGCCUGAGGAAAGAAGAGUCCUGUGUUACUCUGACGGAGGACUACAGGUGAGUCUAUAGGGAAACAGAGAGUGGGGAGGGAGGGUGGCCAGGAGAAAAGCAGGAAGGAUGGGUGUGCUGUGAAAGGCCCCCAAGCACACAAGAACUGCCACUCUGUCCCCCUAAUGCAUGAAGCCAUAGGGGCUCUGGCAAUUCAGAUUCUGCCCCCAAAUUAAAAAUAAAUGACGCCCAUAAAUAACAAUGACUCAUAUUAAAUUAUUUUACUAUCUAAUGCUUAUCCAACCUUCCCUCUGAGGAGUUCAGAGUAUGGUACGUGGUGUUUUAUCCUCCCAACAACCCUGUGAGAAGAAGGUAGCUUAGCCUGAGAAUGACUUGCCCAUAGCUCUUCAAUGAGCUCCAAGGGCAAGGAGGGAUGCAAGCUCUAGUCCUUUAUCCACCAUGUCACACUGUUUUGUGAGUGACAUGUUUGAAUGAUUCAGUGAUGGAAUGCUUUUUGUUUAUUUGCAUAGAGGUGCUCCGUUUGCACACUCUUCGUACCACUUCCCAGGCAGGCCCUAGCUCCUCCCUCUGCAGCUUCCUUGGGUGGGAGGAGAAGAGCCUCUGGCUCUGCCUGCUGGAGGUUCUCCCCUUGCCCUGGGACUCCAGGCUAUGAGGAAGGGAGAGCUGCCUGUCUGAAGCACAGCAGCAGGUCUGCUGAUCUGGACUCUGGAGAUUUGGGCAGGGAUUUGUUGUGCGCACGCACAAGUGUGAGAGGCAAAAAUGUGCUGUGUUGUUCAAGUGACGGCCUGCAGAAUCUAAUUGCAUUGAAUUGCACAAGCAGAAAAAUGCCCUCUUGGGGCUGGUCCACAUGUCUGCUUGUCCCAUGCCUAGAAAGCAUGGGUUUGAGUGGUUUUCUGCUUGUUCCGUGCUUUCUAGGCACAGGUCUGAGCAGUUUUGUGUUUGCCCCAUUGCUUCCCCCCGCCCCCGAAAACCACUCUUCAUUUUUUUUUAUAAAUAGUAUUUAUUGAGGUUUUAAGUUUACAAAAAGGCAAAAAACAGAAAAAACACCAAAUUAAACAAUAGCAAAACAACACAUCACAAUAAAAAACAGAAAAAUAAGAACACUUAAAAACAACAAAAAAAAAGAAGACAAGUCGAGCCUUCCCAUAACUUAUCUUUCAUUUGCUUGUUUCCCUGACCUCCUCACACCUCCCUUUUUCGUAUUCUAAGUCAAUUAUCCAUUUCAGCAAAUCCUUUCCCUCUCUUCAAAAUUCUUAUCCUGGAAAUUUAUCUUGAUCUUAAUAUAAGUUUACUUUCCCUCUUUUCACCAAUUAACAGUCUAUUUUUCUUAAAUCUUUGAUACAUUUUUGCUAAAGUCACAUAGAUUCAUUCCAACAUCAUUCUAACAUUCAUUAAUUUUACAAUGUUUCUGUAAAUAGUCUUUAAAUUUCUUCCAAUCUUCCUCCACCGACUCUUCUCCCUGGUCUCGGAUUCUGCCAGUCAUUUCCGCCAGUUCCAUGUAGUCUAUCACCUUCAUCUGCCAUUCUUCCAGAGUGGGUAGAUCUUGUGUCUUCCAAUACUUUGCAAUGAGUAUUCUUGCUGCUGUUGUGGCAUACAUAAAGAAAGUUCUGUCCUUCUUUGGCACCAAUUGGCCGACCAUGCCCAGGAGAAAGGCCUCUGGUUUCUUCAGAAAGAUACAUUUAAAUACCUUUUUCAUUUCAUUAUAUAUCAUCUCCCAGAAAGCCUUAAUCCUUGGGCAUGUCCACCAAAGGUGAAAGAAUGUACCUUCCGUCUCUUUACAUUUCCAGCAUUUAUUAUCGGGCAAGUGAUAAAUUUUCGCAAUCUUGACUGGUGUCAUGUACCACCUGUAUAUCAUUUUCAUUAUAUUCUCUCUUAAGGCAUUACAUGCCGUGAACUUCAUACCUGUGGUCCAUAACUGUUCCCAGUCAGCCAUCAUAAUGUUAUGUCCAACAUCUUGUGCCCAUCUAAUCAUAACAGAUUUCACCGUUUCAUCCUGAGUAUUCCAUUUCAACAGCAAAUUAUACAUUCUUGACAAAUUCUUAGUUUUGGGGUCUAACAGUUCUGUUUCCAAUUUUGAGUUUUGCCGCUGGAAGCCAAUAUUUAUCCAAAUUAUAUGCCUCCAUUAUCUGAUAAUCAUGACGCCAAACCCGCACUCUAUAAUAUAAUUUUUCAAAACUCUGCAGUUUUAAUCUGUCUCCCUCUUGUUCCAAAAUUUCCCAAUAUUUCGGCCAUUUAGCCUCCAUAUUGAGCUUUUUCUGAGCCUUCGCUUCCAUUGGUGACAGCCACCUUGGGGUUUUAUUCUCAAGCAAAUCCUUAUAUCUUAUCCAAACAUUAAACAGUGCUUUUCUGACAAUAUGGUUUUUAAACGCUUUAUGUGCUUUGACCUUAUCAUACCAUAAAUACGCAUGCCACCCAAAGACAUUAUUAAAGCCUUCUAAGUCCAACACAUCAGUGUUCUCAAGAAGCAUCCAUUCUCUCAGCCAGCAAAAAGCGGCUGAUUCAUAAUAAAGUUUCAAGUCUGGCCGAAAACCACUCUUCAGUGCUAAAUCAGAAUAAAUAGCAACCCGUAGAAAAUCCAAUUGCCAUUUGUUCCAAUUCAGCACUAAACCGUGGGUUUUCCUGAGGGAAAGCGGGGGUGGGGGGAGGAAGUGUGGAUAAGCCCUUAGUCUCACAUUAGUACUUUGAAUACUUCUGAACUUGGGAUGUGGCUGCACAGACCAGUCCUUCUAUUGAUGUGCUUUCAGAAAGGGCCUCUCGCCACUAGCAGGGCUGGAUCAUGCCUGCUCAGGGGGACAGGGAGGAAAAACAUCGGCUUUCAGCAGUAUACAGGACUAGCAAAAAGAAAAAAAGUUCUUGAUGGAUUGCCUGCUGCUUCUUGUGUCUGUAACAGUGUAAUGCAAAAUAGGUCACCCCUACCCGUCCGGCUCCUGUGGGAGGAUCACAUGUACAGACUUGGGGGUCCCUUGUCACCCUGCCUUUAUUGAUUUACUCAGGUUCAUGACAAAGACCUUGGCUCCUGGCUGCCUUUACCUUGCUGUUGAACCAGUUUGUUGUGUUUACCUUACCUUUCUGCCUGUUGAAAAGCUCCACUCCAGUUGCACUCAGGUCUUGUUUGCAAGAUUCCCACAGGCAUCUGGUUGGCCACUGUGAGAACAGGAUGCUGGACUAGAUGUGCCACUGGCCUGAUCCAGCAGGCUUUCCUUAAGUAUGCAAAUACCAAAUCAGCUCUUUGUACCAGUGCGCUUUUCCAGCAGUGCUCUGGGGAGUCUGCAGUAAGCAAGCUCCAAUGACCCAAGCAAUGAGCCAGGGCUUUCCUUUGGGGGUACUUUCCACUGCACUUGAACGGAAGUUCAGGGCCCUUCCAUAUGGAAGGUGGUUGGCUUUCCUCCAGCAAUCAGAAUCCAAAAGCAGGGAUGGGGAAUCUUCUUCAGACAGAUUCUUCUGGGUCGCCUUCCAGAUGCCACAUUACAGUGGUGAGUGGGACUAGAGGCAAAAGUGGACAAAGCAAUGGGGGUGAAUUUGUUUUACCUUUAUACCGCCAUCUAGUUUCUGUUCAUGCAUACAUCAUGCAGACAAAGAAAGAAGUACCGGUAUUAAAUGAGUUCAUUCUGCUCAGGCAAAAGCAGUACUGGUGGGUGUGGCUCAGGAAGGGGCGUGGCCUGGAGAGAGUCCUGUGGGCGAGUGGGGGGCGCUGGAGGGCCACAUUUGGCCCUCGGACCAGAGACUCCACAUUCCUUUGCUGAAGGAGAUGCCUGGAAGUGAACCAGAAGCCAAAGGCUGUAACCUUUCCUCAUAAGGGAGUUGCUCCACCCUCUUGAUCAUUUUGAACCUUUUCACACCCUAUAAUAUCCUUUUUGGGGUGAGGUGAAUAGAAAUGUACACAGUCUUCCUGGUGUUGUUGCACCAUAAGAUUGCAUAAUGGGGCAUUAUUAUGCUGGCAGUUUUAGUUCCAAUCUCUUUCCUAAUAAUGAUCCCUAGCAUAGAAUUAGCCCUUUUUCAUGCUGUUGGCCGCACACUGGGUUGACAUCUUAAUUGAGCUAUCCACUGCAACCUUAUUUAUUGAAUUUACUUAUUGAAUUUAUAUCCUGCCCUUCCUCCUUAAAACAGCCUUUGUUUUUAGAAUCAUUUAAUUGUAGAGUUGAAAGGAACCCUGGGGGUCAUCUAGUCCAACCCCCUGCAAUGCAGGAAUCUCCUGGUUAGUCACCUUCAGCUCAGACCCCAAGAGAGCUGAUGAAGCCCCACUUAGCUGACAAGUAACAAGCUGUGCAGCAUCAACCCUACUGCCCUCAAGAGAGUUCCAGGCCAUUCUGCCAACACUUGGAUCACCCCCACUUUGUAUGGCUGGACUCCCAACUGGGCUGUCCUAAGGCUGCCAGUUCCCUCUGAUGCUUUUGCAAGAGUGAUGGCCUAGCUCUACCUGUUGCUUAGCUCUGACCUGGUUCAGCCUGGGAAGGUCUCCUUCCAGUCUGUGGCUUGCCUUGUAAGGGCCUGUGGCCAUGCUCAGGCACUGUGGGUGGGCUCAGAAGACUCUGAAGACUAGCUUCCAUGGGGCAGAGAGCUCUCCCUGACAGGGCCAGUGGUGAUAAGACAAAGGGCUUGCCCCCUGCUGGCCCGUACUUGAGAAGCUGGCUUUGAAGACGUUCCUCUUUCUGCUAAGAGUGCCUGCAUUUUCCUUUUGAAAUUGAGUGAGUUCAGUUUCCUUAUUUCUCAAGCACUCCCACCAGCCCUUCAAUGAGAGAAAGAGCCUUCAGCCUGGUAAGUAAAUCUCCAAAAAGGAGUCCUGCCAAAAGCAACUUUCAGACACAGGAGUCUAAAAUUACCCUGGAAUCACACAAGACAUUUGUUGGCACUUGCUGUUGGAACCUUCCCCUCACCCCCCUACAAAGUAACAUUGGCCAAGGAAAACAGAUUCCGGUGGGGAGGGGGAGGCUCUAAACCCACUUCAAGCGUCUCCUUUUUGUUGUAGGCCUGCUUGAAUCUGGUGAUUUGAUCUGGAAAGUAUGUGUGGGGUAACCUCCUUUACUGAGCUCAGCACAGGCAGCAAGGCAUACUGGCGCUCUGCCAUCCUAAACAUUUUGCCCCACUGCUCCGCUUACCAGAUCCUUCUUCAAGGCUUUGAGCACAGCCUAGGCAAGGCCCCUUUCAGCUGGCUGUGACUGCUGCCUCCUGCACAGCACAGAGCAGAACAGGCAGCCGUUGGCUGUGUUUGCCCCAGAUUGGGGUGAAAAGGGAAGAUGAAUUCAUUGAUUGGAUGAGCUUCUGGACCAGGAAAGGUCUCUGUGCAAGCUUGCCAGUCAUCUUGUCAGCAGGAGUAAUGGGUGGUGGGGGUGGUAGCAGUUGUGACCGUGCGAUCAAAAAAGUGUCCACACUACCUUCUCCACCUACAGUAGUUCUCAGAUGUUUUCAGGGUAGACUGAGAUGCUGCUGGGUGUGAAAUGAACUUUGAGGCAGCCUGGCAAACCAUGCAGCCAUUCACAAGGAGAGCUUCCUUUUCCCACUCCCACAAAUCCAAGCAGAAGAGAGGACACCAGCAGCUGCUUGCUGCAUCCUGAUCAGAAGGGAAGUGAAGCUCUUGGACGGCAGUGGGACAUUGGCAUCUGUUCUCUGCCCUGCCACAUGGCUGUGCAAUGAGCUGGUGCCCUCCUCUGUCACCCCAUCACCCUCCAAUGUCCUGGAAUCUUGGGCCUUUGUUUGAGUCACAGCAUCUCAGGGAUUUAAGCAGUACCCACAGUAGCAGGUUGUAAGAAACUGGAACUCCAGCUGAUGAUGCCUGGGCCAUGCUUCCCUUUCAGAGAUGCGCUGGAGGCAGCUGUUGCGCUUUACAAUGGAGUGGACGAGGGCAUUCAUCAGCUGGUGAUGAUGUCAAACAAGCGCAUCCAGGCCCUGGAGCUGGUGAUAGACUUUGGAGCCUUUGAAGAAAGCUUCCAGGAGGUUUGUUGACAUUUUUCCGGCAGCUCAGAUGGAUUUACAACCCAAUCCUUUUAACCUCUGUGCUGGCCAACUAUGCACAGUCAGGCUCAGGGGUUGGUGUUGACAGUGAAGCAGAACAUCCACUAAACAGCACCUAGGGUGGCUGAAAUUAAAUCUUGACGGGGCUGAAAUAGUGGUGACUGGCAGGCCUUGGGCCAGUGGGAGUUUCUUUCACCUCCUUUGGCCACUCAGUCUUGUAGCCUGGGGUUGAGGUUGAUUGGGUGUGAUCCAUCACUGGAGCAGGUUAACACCACUUGUUAAGAAGGCUCUGGCAUUUUAGAGGUUGGUAGAUAUAUGUGCAUCCUGCAUUCAGUUUGGACUCAUGUUUUCUGUUAUUGGAAGAGCAGUGGGACAGGGCCUUUCCCUGGGACUUGGCAGGUAAGGCUCCCAAAAACAUCCACAAUAUAAGGACCGUGCUAGGAGCAUGAGCAGCAGCAUCUAGGAACUCUAGGAGCAAUGUGAAGUGCCACAAUGCACCGUCCCAGUCUCUGGAGUCAAGAGACCUCAUACUCAAAGUGUUGAGCAAAGAGCUUCAGAGCCUGCCCUCUGUCGUGACAAGCAUAUGGAUUUAUUUAUUCUAAGUAUUUUUAUGUAGCCAAGUUCUCAAGGCAGCUUACAACACAAAACAGGAUAAAAAUAAACAACAUGAAAAGAGAUCAAAAACUGAAAGUAGCACAGAAUCACAUGGCAGAGAUUAAAAAUAACAAUAAUCUAGGAGGCUAAAUGGUUGAGAGAAGAGGAGAUUCCCUUAAGUGGGAGGUGGAGGUGGCAUCACUCUUUCCCUGGUAGACCAAAGGGCGGGGUGACUCCCAUUCUUUCCAGGAACAGGAGUGUGUGGUUUUGCUCUCUGAAGGCGGAGAGGCUUCUUCUUGGCCUUGAUCUACCUUUUUGCCUCUUGUAGGUCAGCAGAUGGAUGGAGAAUGUUGGUCAAACACGGCUCACGGAGCUGAGUGAGCUGGAUGGUUCUUUGGAGGUCUUGCUUAAAGCACAGAGGCAGUUCCAAGACUUUGAGCUCGUUGCAAGUGUAAGUCCUCUCCCGACACUCUCCACGCAAAUCCACAGGCUGGCUGCUUUGUUUAGAGGCAAACACUUUUUCAUUAAUAUAUCAUAUUCCAAGGCUGAGCAGUGACAUGAGAAGAGGUUCUAGGGCUAAGCCCUGAAGAACCUUGGCUCAAAGAAAACUUUCAUUGUACAUUGGUUGUGCCUCAGUGAACUUUAGGAUCUGCAGGCAGGACUCUGCAUGGGCAACUGCAGUGGGUCCUCACUGGAGACUGGGAGUCUCCUGAUUUUUAUAUGCAUAUGUGCACAUACAUACCUCAGAACCAGUGAUGGAAAGAUCUGUCCACUUUAGCUUUCUCAGGGUUUAUCUGCACAUCCAUUUGUUCCAUGUUCUUCUGCUUGUCGCAGUGCAGAUUAGUACUGCCACAAGUUUUGUGUGGGAUUCUGGGUUCCCAUGCCACGUCUUCCUCCAUGCUAUUUCAAGGAGGCAUCUCUGAAAGAGGCGAAAGAGGAACACUCGCACAAUGUGCCACAAGGGAAAAUGAGUGUUUUUCUGUUCAGGUGCCCAAAAAAGGAUUGGAUCAGAAGGGGAACAAAUUUCUAUUUGGUCUUAAAGGGGUUUUUCUUUUGUUCCAACACAGUAAUAAAAAGCAUGGCUUAUUUUGGUUGGGUUUUUUUUUCUCCAUUUCUACAUUGGGAUAUAAAUGAAAAGCUUUUGGACAAGUGUUACUGAUUUGAUGCAAAUUCUAAGAAACCACAGGGCAAACGGAAGUGUGAACAGGCCCUUCCUUUCUCAUUUUUCCAAUCUCACAUUCAGUUCUCCACAUUUCUGCAGCAAUUUGCAUUUUUAAAAAUUCAUGGACAUUCUUCAGCAUUUACUGCAAAUAUUUCCUAAUAAAUACAUUAUUAAAUGCAGUUUAGACUAAUGCACACAUUUUUGUGAGCGAUUUCUUUUGUAUGUUAUUUUUUACUAAUAUAGUCCAUGUUUAUGUGCCCUUUCUGCUCAUAUAUGCAUAUAUGUAAACACUGAUUGGAGAACUGCAGCACAAAAUUUGGAUAAGUAUGACUUUCGAAGGAUUGUUCUGUGUUUCAUUUCUCAUAACAUUUUGGAAACUGCAGAUAUGAUUGAUUUGGCUUUAAAUGUCAGCUGAAUCAAAUUUCUUCUCCAUUGCUGCUCAGAACUCAUCUUUUUUCCUUCCAACAGUGUUGGAGUGGAAGUUGCAGGACACCAUUCCCCCUCCCUUAUUCCAGUCUGUAUUGCAAUGUGGUCAGAGAUUUUGCUUGCGAUGGCACUGAAGACUCUUGGCAGCAGUUAAAAGGGCUGUUGUGAAUGUCAUGAAAUUUUGACAAACAUUCUAUACAGUAAGAGUAAGCAGCUGUGCAAGCAAUGGUAAGCAAGGCUGCACAGUUAGAUUCAGCAAAAGAAACAGUAAUAAGACGUUAGAGAGGACGCUUGAACAAUAUAGAGGAAACUAUGCACUCUAGCCAAGUGAUAAGAGAGGUUACAUCACCACCUACUGUUAGAGCAGGCCAGUUACACCCUUAGUCGCCUUUGACUGUACUUAACCAUCCAGGGGUCCUUUACCUUUUUACCUUACACCCUUAGUAACUUGUCUCUCCAACGUUAACCCCUGAGAGCAGGGGGGGAAACCAGCUUUCGAAUACUUGCAAAUAGUCUUCUGAAAGGAAAAUGAGAAGUACCGGUACGUUAAGGAGGGAUUGAAACCUUCAAAAGACUUCCCCCUAGCGGGGAAACUAGGAACUGGGGCUGAAGUGCAGAACUUGGAGCUGUGGGGCAGCCAAGCCAGCACUAGGAGAACAGAGCAAGCGAGGCAGUGAAAAAGGUCUUGGGGACAGCUCUCAUCUCUGUUCAGGAAUGGAGGUUUCCCCUGCAUUUGCAAGCUCUGUGCAAACCUAUGCCUGGGUGGCUUAGCUUCUUGUGAGAAGGAAAGAUGAGAUGGAUUUUGGCAGGAACAUUUCUUGCCUGCAGUGCUGUGGCAUAUACACACUGGCUGCCUCUUAUUUUUCUUUGUCAUGUACCCCCAGUCCUCCACACAUAUACACAUUGCUAGGCAAAGGGCCCAUAGUGUUCCCCUGAUCUUCAGGACUACAACUUCCAUCAUCCCUGAUCUUGGACAUUAGGGCUGUUGGAAGCUGUAGUCUGGAAAGGCCACUUUAAUACAUCUCUGUCCCAUGUUGAGACCCCCUCAACUCAACCCACCUGGUCUUUGCCCACAUUUCACAGCCUUCCCAGAGGCUGGCGAGUCAUGAUGAUUCCACCAGGCAGGCCUAUAUGACCAAGGCUGGUCCUCAUGCUGAGUAAGGUCCCAGGGCCACAUUGGGAUAGUCAGCUUAAUCAGCCUUCAGGAUCUUUGCAACACCAGGUGAAGCUGCAUGUAUCCGCCAGAGGCGAUGCAAUGAUUUGCUGUUGGGCUUUGUUUCCAGGAAUAUUGCCGAAGGGGUUGGGAAUCUCUGAGAGAGAUGGACAAGUGGGAAGAUGCUUCCUCUGCUGAGCUGCAUGCAGGGUGUCAUGUCAAGUUGCAGAUGUACAGAACCCAGUUCCAGAGGUUCUGCAGCCAACUGGAGGCCAGCAGGAGCCGGAUAGGCCAGACCAUCAAGCUGUAUGAAUUCUUUGACCAGGUGAGUUCUGCAGAGGGAGACAGAUGUCCCCUAAUGUAACUUCUGCUCAGAUUCACUGCCAUGCUGUGGCUUGCACUCACUCUCUGUGCAUACAUAUGCCACAGCAGAAGUUGAGCUUAGUCAUGGAUCCUUGUUUGGAUGCUUUUUAACCUGAAAGCAAUCACAGUGAGACUUUGAGUAUGAAAAUAAGAGAGCUAUGUUUAUUAUAGGACAUGCAUGCUUGAUAGCUAGUAUUAGGAACUCUUUCCUAAGGGCUCAUUUACACUCCCUUUGCCCUGCCACUUUCCCCUGCAAAAACCUGUGCUUUAGCACUGAACCAGAACAAAGGGCAAUUGGGUUUUCUGCACAUUGCUGUUUGUUCCAAUUUUGUGCGAAAGAGCGGGUUUUCCAGGGGAAUGAGGCAGGACAAAGGCAAACAGCUAGGACCUGUGCCUAGAAAGCUGAAGACAAUCAGAAAAUCAUUUGGACUUUCUAGACACAGGACAAGCAGAAGUGUGGACGAACCCAUACCCAUGUCAUCUUACUGACCUUAAUACAAGCUUAAUACAAGCAUCCCAGCACUUCCAACAGGUUCAACAAAAGUCAGGCAGCUGACACCCCUUCCCUGCUUCAAAAGAGAUUUGGGACAAGAGGUCAUAUUCUGUGUCUUGGCAAGUGGCUGGGCGGCGUUGAGGCUUCUCAGAAAACAGUCCUACUUUCUGUACUUAAAAAAGAAAAAGCAAGAUUCUUUGCCAAAGAAUCACAGGUUACAUUCUGUAGUUCCUAAUUCCAGUCAUGGAAACGCAUAUGUCACUCAAGGCUGAAUGUGUGAACUGCCUUUGUUGAAAAUGAUGGCAUUUGAGUCCUGCCAGUAAAGUUUGAUCUGUGGCAAUUCAUUCACCUGUACAAGCCACCACUGGUCAGCAAGUAGUUCAAAUGCCUCAGGUUGGGGGUAGGUUAUAAUAGUAGUCAUUCUAAUUUCCUGGAAAGAAUGGGAGACUGUGUAUCUCCUAUAAGCAAGGACAAAAGAGCACCAGGCACCCCUGAGAGGUGGGGGGUGUUUGGGUUGUUUUGCUGCCUGUCUCUGUAAGAGCUUUUUUGCUUAGGCGCAGUAAUGGAGUGCUGUCCCUCACAGGCCCUGGAGCCUCUCCUCCUCCCCACCACUCUUGCGCUGACUCCAACCCUUCUCUCCAGCACCCCCACCUGCCCCCUUCUUCCAUCUGGCACUUCAGCAGGGAGCAUUUGCCUGUGAAUAGGCUGGCUCUUUAGCCGGAGCCCCCUCAUUGGUUACUUUUGGGACUGGGUUUGGCUUUGGCUGCAGAGGAGGCAAGAGCGGGACCUCCAUUGGGCUUUGCGCUUUUGGUGGUUCACCCUGUGCUACGGAGCCUUUUGGCAGAAGGAUGAAGGUAUGCUGGAGCUUCUUUCCUUUGUCUUGCAGGGGGUUCAUUUCUGAGGGGAUACCAUUUUUCUCUAUCUGCUUGCGGGUGUCAGUAGGAGAAGAAAAGAAAGGAGACGCAUCCUCCCAUGCAAAGUUAACCCAAAUAGGAAGCAGAGGGGCUUGUUGUCUUGGGGGGAGUGUAGAGUUCACCCAGGAUGUGGGAAGGCCUCCCCCCACUUUUUUUUUCCAAACUCUUGCCUUUUUUCUUGGCUGGUCAAUUUCUUGUCUGUGAUGAGGGAAGGCAAAGAGGGAGAGGCAGCUGGCACCCAGGAACAAUCAUCCCAACUUUGACUGAUAGAAAAUGCUCUCCCUUGAAAUUAGGGGUGGGGAACUUGUGACCUUCCAGAUGUUGCAUGGCCAAUGAUCAGAGAUGGCAGUGGGGCCUGCAGCCCAACAACUUCUGGAGGUCCACAGGUGUUCCCUCUGUCUCAACAUGAAAGGCUCAGGGCAGGCUAUCUGCGCUUUCUUUUGCACCAAGUAUAUAGAUACUAAAAAUAUUUCCUAGCCAAGCAUUGUCUUUGUUAAUAAGUAAAAAUAUAAGGAGGCCUUUGGGUGAAGUAUCAGUGUGGAACUCUGUUUGCUGGUGUAUCUGCAUGAGUAAAAGGAGAGGAUGGGGACCACAAAAACUUCCUAGGCUGUCCUUGUGCUGACCUGUUGAUCCUGCUUCUGUGUUAAACUGCUACUCUAAGGGCUGCUGACCUCACAUCCUCUUCACCUUCCUCCUCCCAACUAAACAUUAGGAAAAAUGGUCUAACAGUAAGAGCUGUCCAACAGAAACAGGCUGCCUCGGAUGGUAGACUCUCCUUCACUGGAGCUUUUUAAACAGAGGUUGGGUGGCCGUCUGUCAGGAAUUAUCUAGCUGUGAUUACUGCAUUGCAGUGGGUUGGAUUUGAUGACCCUCAGGAUCCCUUCCAACUCUGUGAUUCUAUCUCUUUUGUGCCACGGAAACUGGAGACAGGGAGCAUCAGAGUUGCAGAUGCAGCCUGGGCUUGCAGAUGAUUUUCCAGGCCCAGCUGGAAAUGCAUGUCUAAUGAGGGAGCCUGGACACAUCCCCUGCUCAGCCUGCUCUGUUCAAAGUGGCAGACACCAGACUCUUGGCAUCUGCUCUUCUUUUCAGCCCACAGGCUGGCCUUGGAGUUCUCUGCAUGUCUGAGGUGGGACCAGUAUUGUGAGCACAGGACUGGACAUACCAAGGAUAUGCAGAGUUCUUUCAUGAAGACACUUUCUCUUGUAGGCCAUGUUUUAUUAGUCCCUUGUGUGGGAUGCUGUCUCAGGCUGUAAAGGCCAGCCACUGGCUGGGAGAUUAUGGACCCCCCCUCCCCACUGCAUCCUUUAAGCUCUACAUUUAUGAGCUCUAUUGUGUUCAGGGUGGGGGCGGGGCGGUAUAUGCGAUCACACUUUCAGUGCUGUUUGCUCCUGCAAAAGUUUUGAAGUGGGCAAACUGCUCAGUAUGCCCUGUAGCUUCCUGUGGAAAUCUUGUGACACAAAUGUUCUGGGUGGGGGCGUUUCUGAUCUACUUUUGCAGUGCUGCCCUCUAGACAACAAUACCAAAGCAACACUUGGGAAAGCGUUACAGAACAAUUAAUAAAGUGGAAUAAUACGUGGACUCUCCACAUAUGCUACAGAAUGCACUCCCAUCCUCCCAAAAUACCCACUACAGUCUGGCAACCAGGAUGGCAUUCAUGAGGACCUAAGCCCUGCUCAGCACUCCUUACUUUGUUUCUGGCAGGCUUUGGCCGCACUGUGCUCUGUUUCCAUCUCCCACCUACAUUUAUUCAGAAUCUGGUCCAGACUAGAACCAACCAGGCCUAACCUGGGAGAGGGGGUGAGGAACAACGAAGCCAAUCAUUUGAAUGGACGUGGGAGAGGCCGCACUGAAGCAGAAGAGACAGCCAUAGGCUACUGCAUUUCUCACCAUCAUGAGCCUCCAAAAGCCUUUCUUGGAAAUUGACAAAAGGGGGUCACUUUUACUGGGAUGUGAAGCAAUGUUCUGCACUAGCUCUCACUUCGGAGUUGGUUGCAGGAGCAAUCUUUGUUCCAAUGCAGUUAUGUCCAAAUUGUGGUGUGCAGGGGGUCAUGUUCUGCAUUCACAGCUUGCCCACUUGUGCCAUUCCUUCAGGCUGCAUCCCUCCUUUGGCUUAGCCUUAGCCCUACUCCAGAUCUGCCAGAGCUCUCCACAUUCCCUCUGGGGACAGUUGUUUUCAGUUUGGGGCUGAGGCAGGGGUAGGCAACCUAAGGCCCGUGGGCCAGAUGCAGCCCACUCGCCUUCUAAAUCUGGCCCGCGGAUGGUCCAGGAAUCAGCGUGUUUUGACAUGAGUAGAAUGUGUGCUUUUAUUUAAAAUGCAUCUCUGGGUUAUUUGUGGGGCAUAGGAAUCCAUUCAUUCCCCCCCCCCCAUAUAGUCUGGCCCACCAGCCCACGGCUGAAAAAGGUUGCUGACCCCUGGGAGGAUUCUAUACACACAAGGCGCCCUCUGGUGGCUCCCUCUGACUACACCCCCCCCAACACAUACUGCUUUCUUGGUGGUGGUGGUGGUGGUGGAAGAGGGGGAUACCUCUCUGGAAUAACUCCCCACAAAUCUAUUGUUGGGCAGAGUAUUAGUGGGUGUGGGGCAUUUUGGGACUGAUCCUGUCACAUUGAUCUUCCCACUACAGGCAGCAGGCCAAUGCAUCCCCAGCACUCUGCUUGAGGGCCUUUUCCAGUCUUGUGUCUUUGCUGUCUACGAGUCAGCCAAUGCCCCAGUCCUAGCCGUCCAUGUGAUACUUGAAACACAUGAUUGUGCACACAAGAUUCUAGAGAAAAAGAUGAAAAUGGAGCAGGAGAGAAAAGGUGGGGUGGGGGGCAAAGGAAGGCACAUGGAAAAGCUUGAUGUGGCUUGCAGACUGUGGACAAAGGAGAGGAGGGCCUUCCCCAGACAGCUCCAAGCGCCGCCAUUCCUGGGAAGGGCCUGAGCAAGCCAAGCUGCUGCAGCCUCCAUCGCAGCCUGGCAGCCGUGCUUGGCAGUCAGUCAGGCUGGUGACAGGGCCUAGCCUCAGAUAGAGAGCCUCUUGUUGUGGUCUAGCUGCAGAGGCCUGUGGACCCCACCCGCCCUCCCUCCACUGAUCGCUUUUUCCUUGUCCCACCCCUACAGGCCUACGAAUGGGCAUUGGAGGGCAUGCACCACCUUUCCAGCAUCAGCACAGAGGAGGGCAGCUCCCUUGAGGAUUGUGCUUCGGCUCUCAGGAGCCUGGAGAGCUACAAGAGACAGCACCCAGAAAUCAGUAGUGCCAGAUUCCAGGAGAUGAAGGAGCUGGCAUGCCAGCUGAAGAGCAGCCGUGCCCUGAAGCAAUGGCAGCUAGCCUGGUCCAAGUGCCAGGAGACCAUGCUGAGCUUUGAGAUGAAGCUGGAAGCUGCCCUGAGGACCAAGAGUUCUCUGUGCCCUCCUGACUUGAAGCCAUCGCCUGAGGGAGAGCUCAGCCAGGAGGGCAGGCUGCCUUUGGAGGGGCCACUCCCCUUCCGUCUCCCUGGGUGGACUGGGGAGCAGGUUGUGCUCCCAAGCCAGGUCAUUCCAGAGGCUUCUAAGAAGGAGAAGGUCACCCUGGAGAGCAUUGUGGAAGUCCUGGAGGCAGGAACCUCCCGCCCCUCCACCCCAGCCUCUGGCCAGCAGCCAUUCCCCAAAAGGCCCCUGAGGAAGGCCCAGAGUUUUGACCUGCCCUGCACAGAGGGACUGCGCUCUGGCUGCCAGCGGACUCUGAGUGAGCCAGCCCGCUACGGCAACACCGGCGUCUUCAUCAAGGGGCUGGAAGUGAGCAGUACUGAGCAUGUGGCCCGGCAACACCUCGGCCCAACCAGUUGGGCACCUGGCGGCUUGCAAGCGGAGCAGAGGAGCAGCCUCUCCAUACCAGAGGCAAAGAGCUUGGGCAGGUAGGUAUGGAUGAGGUUGGAGUAUCACCUGCUAACAAGUGGGGCUGUGGACAGAUCCAGUCAGAAGCCUGUUUAACAACCAGUCCCUUUGGGACUCCUCAUUCAGGGAGGUGGGUGUUCUCAGCUUGUCAACAAUCUACAGCCAGGCAGUUAAAGUGGAGUAGCACCAGCAUAUGUUUGUAGUGUAGAUGUUCCCUGUUAUUUAAUUCUGGGGAGGGAGAAUGGACCAGCAGGGGGAGUCAGCUGGCAGAGCAGUUGGCAGCUUAAGCAUGGAGCACUGUUUAAAAAGGCAAGAAGAAACUGGUGGGGCUGGAGAGACGUCUUUUUGGGCAGUUGCAGAUUAAAAAUGCUUCAGGGAUGUGUUUUUAUCUGCAGCUGUUGGGGAAGAGCUUGUUUUUCCAAGCAAGCUGGUAGGCUCUCCCUCUGGCCCCACAGACCUUGAAGAAUCAAGGCCUCUUCUCACCAUCCUCCAACUUUGCUCCUGGCUUCCUCUCUUGCAGCAAACUGCGGCACAUCAUUGAGGAGAUGGUGAUGACUGAGCAGGAGUACGUCCGGUCCUUGCGCUACAUCAUUGAGAGCUACUUCCCUGAGAUGGAGCGGCUGGACCUGCCCCAAGACCUGCGGGGGAAGCGGAGUGUCAUUUUUGGGAACCUGGAGAAGCUCUAUGACUUCCAUAGCCAGUACUUCCUGCGGGAACUGGAGAACUGCUGUAACCACCCGCUGCGGGUCAGCCACUGCUUCCUGAGACAUGUAAGGGGCCUGGAGAAACUCGGGCAGGGCUGGGGAGGGGCUGGUUGCAGGGAACUUUGGUAGGUGGGCAGGCAGGCCUCAGGGUAAGGAUUAGGGCUCCCGAGGGGAAAUGCCCUUGAAAUGCCCGUCCACAACACCAGUGUUUCUGGCUCUAGGCCCAAGGACCACUGCAGGAGCGGGAGGGAGAGGUGGUCAGGCAGACGAACAAGGCCUGCUGAGAGGAUUUUGCAAAGGGGAACAGGAUAAAGGAGAGUCAGCAGGAGCACAAGCUGAAGGCCUCCAGGAUGGGGCCUCCACUGUCUUCUCUGGACAUGGCCUAGCCUGGGCCUGCCAUCACCUUUGGAAGCAUGAAGGUCUGCAGGCUUUUGUAGUGGCAGCGCUCUACUCUCCUUGAGGCCCAAGCUCUGUAUUUUGUGCCUGUGUGCUUGUGGCCAAUCCCUUGACAGAGUCUGUGGCCUCCCUUUGUGGGGGGCCUGUGUGCUUCUAACCCUUUUUGCAGAAAGAUCAGUUUGGGAUGUAUGCUCUCUACAGCAAAAACAAGCCCAAGUCUGACUCGCUCCUGGCCAGCCGUGGGAACUCUUUUUUCAGGGUAAGUCUUGCCCCCUCCCAGCAACCCCUUGCAGGCGUUGGACUGGAGUGGAGCGGCCCUUGGUCUUUCUCUGGCUCCAGCCACUCAGCUCCGCUCUCCCGCUCUGGCCUCCAGCUCAAGCAGAUGCAGCUGGGGGACAAGAUGGACCUGGCCUCCUACCUGCUGAAGCCCAUCCAGCGCAUGAGCAAGUACGCCCUCCUCCUGAAGGACCUGAUCAAGCAGUGUGGGGAGGCUCAGGAGCAGGAGCUGGCCUACCUGCAAGCCGCCGAGGAGAUGGUGCGCUUCCAGCUGCGUCACGGCAACGACCUCCUGGCCAUGGAUGCCAUCCGGGACUGUGACGUGAGUGGGCUGGGAGGAGGAGGGGCAGGGGAGGGGAGCAGAUUCCUGCCAGGAACAGCACCAGCUGAGCUCCUGGCUGCCUCUGCAUCUCCUUGAUCCCAUGAAAAGGGAUCUCGGUGCAGCAGCCUCACAUCCUGGAGUGCAAGGCAGGCUAGAAACCGACUGCUCUGGGAUGGAGCAAGAGGGACUCUGGCAUCAGAGGCCUGUCAGGCUGCCCUUGGCGACAGGGCACCUGCUGCUUGUCCCCGUGGCCCGCAAUCCUCUACUCCCGUGUACAACUGACAUCAUUCCCCACCCCCCAGAAUGUUGCCAGUCCAGACCUUUUUGCAGAUGAAUGAAUGGUUUUUGUGCCCAGGUGAACCUCAAGGAGCAGGGGCAGCUGGUGCGCCAGGAUGAGUUCAGCGUCUGUCUGGGCCGCAGGAAGUGCCAGCGCCAUGUCUUUCUCUUUGAAGACCUGAUCCUUUUCAGCAAGCCCAAGCGGGUUGAGGGGGGGCUGGAUGUCUACAUCUACAAGCGCUCCUUUAAGGUAAGGCUGCCCACUGCUGCUUGCGAGUGCUGCUGCCUCUCCAAGAAACUAAAAUGGCACCAGAUAGGGAGGGGGAUGCCUUCUUCACAGGCUGUGCAAGAGAAAACUUGGGGGAAGCACGAUGUCACACAUUCAGGCAGCCAGUUUUAUCAGCUGCCUCAGGCAGACCUGCACGAUUUUUGAUACAUCAAGGUGUGUGCAUGCAUUGCAACCAGAUGCUCAGCUAGCCAGUAGGCAGUGGCACUAGGGUUUUUCUGGAGCCCACGUGCGGCUUGUGGGCUGUGUGUGUUGGAGGGCAGGGCUUUCACACCUUCAUGUUCCCAAGUGCAUCUUACGUCACCUUCCCUGUCAAGCUUACCAAGGCUGAACUUUUCAGAGUGAACCUCUUUCCCAUUUGUAAGCACUAAAUCACACCACACCACUGAGGUGGAUCAUCAUGGCAGCAGCUCAGGAGCCGCCUCUGCCUCACCAUGUAUACCCUCAGCCCAGCAUGUGACCCCAAUUGCCUCCUGGCUUGCUGACUCACUUGCUCUGUCCCUGCAGACAGCAGACAUUGGCCUGACUGAGAACUCCGGCGAGAGUGGGCUGCGCUUUGAGAUCUGGUUUAGAAGGCGGAAAUCGAGUGACACCUACGUCCUGCAGGCCAGUAGCCCCGAGACCAAGCUGGCCUGGACUAGUGACAUUACCAAGAUCCUGUGGGAGCAGGCUGCCCGCAAUAAAGGUUGGCAUUUGUAAAGCCCAGGCACCCUCUUCUCUGUGGGACCAUUGAAUCCUUUCUGUCGGAAUGAGUGGCUCAUGGAAGCAACAGCAGGGGCGGCACAGGCAGCUUGUUGGAUAGGGCCUCCAGGUUGUUCUCUGGGCAUGGCAGUUGCAGAAAUAAAGUGGGUCAUUGGUUCCUGGGAUUCUCCAUGGAAGCCCCCACUCCCACUAGAGUGACUGGUCACACGAAAUAGAGGUGCUCUGUCUGGUGUCUGAGAGAGAGGGGGCAGUUUGUCGUGCCAUAUGCAGAAGGGAGGAGAGCUGCAAGUGCCAGCUAGGCAAGGCCCAGGAGCCCUGGACUUCACUGCACCAGGUGACCCUCCCCAAUACUACCAGUUGUUUUUUCCCUGGCUAACAUGUAAUACCUGGGAGAUGCCCGCAAGAUGACUCUCUUGGGAGAGAUUAACUAGAGCACUGACAACUGCCUGGGACAAGCUUCUUGGUCUGGCGGUUGCUUUGUCCUUUAGGACUCCUUGUGCCCAGAGCUGCUUCUCCAGAGGCAGCCAAGCUAUGUGACCUGUUGCACCAAGUUUGAUCUAAGUUGCCCAUUCUACCAGAAAUCUGCUUGUCUUGCCAGAGACCGAGGCUGGGCUUGGUGGCCCUUAGAACUCACAGAGCUGCUUUUUUGUGAGGCUAGGCAUGUUCCUCAUGGUUGUUGUCACCCCCAGAGAUCCGCAUGCAGGAGAUGGUAUCCAUGGGUGUGGGGAACAAGCCUUUCCUGGACAUCAAGCCGAGUGAAGCUGCCAUCCAUGACCGUGCCAUUGAUUACAUCAUGAAAGGCAGGGGUAAGUCUACCCCACCCUCUCACACCCCAACCCCUCUCAAGGACCCACGCAGCUGCUAUCCAGCUCUUCAUGACUUGCUCCCCCCCCUUUCUUUGCUCUGUGGCAGGAGCCAGGACUCGGGCUUCUAUUGCCGUCUCUCUGUUUGACCACGCCAACCCUUACAAGAGGUCGCAAACACCACUGCCUGCGGGCAGCCCAUCCUCCUCCUGCACAGUGCUUGGGCCUCUCAACUUGCACAUGUACCUGAACCAGUCUCUCCUGCCCAGCAUGCUCUCGACCAGCCACUCCUUGGAUGCGGGCACAUGCAUAGAGGAGGAUGAAAUGGAGAACGAGACCAGCAGCCAGCCUUCCAUGAGUACGUAUGACCUGUCUGUCUCAGCCCCAGUUCAGAAACCAUCCUUGUUCUCUGGGAGCAGUUUCUAAAACCAUUGUGCGUUGCAGAUGGCUGCUUGGCUUGGCAGAAUGGGGGGAGAGAGAUUCUAGACUCUCACUUUCAGUCCAUGGCUGCAUCACUCACUCAAACUAUGAGCAACUUUACUUUCUGGCCCUCUUGCAAGCUAUCCUCCCCCUGUGCACUUACUUGCUGUUUUGUGAUGGUUCCCCAGUUCCAGCUGCUGUAGUUCCUAAGGACACUGAGCAGAAAGGGAGGGCUCUAUAAACCUUAGAAAUGGGGGCAAGCAGUCCAAGAGGAGAGCCUGGUAUAGAUCAUAAGCUAGUCAUUGAGCAUGGGAUGGACAGUCAGAAUGUGGCCUAAACUAGGACGUGGAAAGGUUGGAAGUGUUUAGAGCAUUGCUGUGUCUGCUCCCCAGAAGCUGAGUGGGUUCUUUGGGGCUGCAGUUUCUUACACAUCUGGCUGGGAUAUACUUCUACCCCUGAUGGACUCUUUUGUCUAGUGGCUGAAUUUCUUCUUUUUGUCCCCAGCGACUGAGAGCUCAGAAUCCUCCUCCCAAUGCAUGUCCAGAAGCGGCUCCAGUGGCUCCGACAGUGGCUGCGUAUCCAGCGCUCCCCAGGAGAGCUUCUGUGAAGACCUUGGCUCACCCCUCCCCAUCCCCGAAGGCUCUGCUUUUCCCUCCCCGACAGAGCAGAAAACCUGUUUUCCCAAAAGCCAGUAUGUUUCAGCGGUAAGUGGACAGGACCUUGCCAAUGUGCCCAAGGGAUCCAGGCCAUAGAAUCACUAGUCCUCCUUGCCUUGCUCAGGGAACCUCAGCCGUGUCUGUGGCCUUGGCACUCUAUUCUUCCAACAGACCAUAGGAAGCCAACUCGAGCCAUUUCAGUAAAACAAAAUGUGUGAGGCCCCACUUUAGAAAUCAGCAGCUGGGGUUGGGAGACUGGGAGUUUUCCUUAAUGGAAUACAGGUGGCCCUUGGGAUGGCGCUGAACUAUCAGUUCUCAUCAUUCUUGGCUGGAGUUGAUGGGAGGUGGAUCCAGCCCCUGGGAAGGGUGGGGUGGGCAGGAUCCUUGGUUUGCAGGUGCUUGUGGCACAUGCUGCUCCUCUGGCCCACACUAAGCUGGAUUUGGUGGGGGGAGAGCCAGUCCUUUCUUUCACCAUGGCUCUACAUUCAAAUCUCCCAGAGUCCCCUGAUCAUGGAUGAUGCUGUGUUGCAGGUCUAAACGCUGGUUUCCGUGAUGUUUCUCAGGAGACAAGAAGAAGAAACCUGUGUAUGUCCCCACACAGCACCCAGGAGCCCAUAAUAGUAGUGGAGAAUACUGAGCAGUUAACUAGACUGGGCCACAGCACUGGACAUGAAAAUGCCUUUGUUUGUGUGACUGAAUUGUGGAGUGGGUUGAGUGCCCCCAGUGCAGGUGUGAGUUCCUGCUGCCUUCUGCUGCUGUUUCACAAGGCAGCCCAGGGACUGGGGCUGGGUAGCCACAGUGAGCAGCAGCAGUGAAAGGUUUGGGUGCCAUUGUUGAGGGAGGAGGUUUAGGGAGACAGUUGUCAAGUUUUGGUGGUCCUGAUGUGGCUAUGGAUAGUGAAACAGCUGUACGUUGAGGGUAUGGAUCAGAGAGAUAGAUGUUGGCUGGCCACUUGUCUUUUUUACAGUUGACUUUGCUUUGUUCCACAAGCUGCACAUUUAGGAAAAAAACUUUUUCAAAGGGCAGAAUAAAGAAACAAAGUAUUUAUUUUUUGAAAAAAGAGUAACCUCCUUUGUUAUCCAGGCCAGUUCUUUGUAUAGGUUUGCCUGGUCUUGAGAUAAUUUAUUUCCUUGUUCUUACCACUAAUUGCUUCAUUAGCAGAUUCCACAGGUGCCUCAGAGCCAAGUUGUCACUAGAAGAGUUGUUUCUUUCUGUUCACUGUUAGGAAACUAAAUUAAUCCAUGGGGCAGCACUUACAGGGGGUGGGGGUAUGAAUAUGCAGUGGAAUGAGGGGAUGAAAUCCAGAGGCAUCAGAAUGGGCAAUGACAUUGCAGAGGGCAAGUAAGAGAAAAACAUUUUAACAUUUAUUGAAUUUUGCACAAAAAAUAGUCCAUGAACAUAGAAAGCUAGCACAGCAGAUAAGAACCUAAUCAUAGAGUUUUCUUCCUGGUGUGCUAGUUUUUAACCCACAGGGAGCUUUCCCAUUGGGGGAGCAUUCUAAAAUGGGAGUUCUCAUUUGCUAUCUGAAGUGUUAUAUCUUAUUCUGCUUCAUGUGUAGACCAAGCUGUUAAGCAUUUCUGAACCUCCAGCUGGGAUCCGACCCCAGGGACAGUGGUCAGCCUCCUUUGACUUCCUAAGGGGAAAUAAUGCACCUGAGUUCACAGUGAUCUGCCUGCCAAGGCAGGUCAGGAACAGGUUAUUGCUAGUAGAGGCAGUUCUGACUCUAAGCAAUUUCUGCCAACCUAGCUGAGGAAGUAUUGGCAAUUUUCUGAACCUCAAGCAUCUGGAAGCCAGGCAGUACUGGAAUUGUGUGCCAUACAGUUCUCUGCUGUUGUGCUUCUGCUUCUGGCUAUAGUCCACAAGUGCCUCUCCCUUGCCUCCCAUUUACUACCCAUAUUCCCAUUUCAUUCUAAAACCCAUGAGCUGUAAAUAUAACCCUUAUUUUACAUUUAUUUAAUGAACUGAAUUUCUUCAGCCCACUCCCUACAAAGAAUGGAAUACCAGAGCUCUUUGGUAUAAUAUCACCUGCAGCACAGCUGGAAAGGGAUGACUUUAGAAACUUCCAAGUAAUGUUUCUUGGUUAAUAUAACUUUGACUUUUAUAAACAAAGCGUUUCCCAGAAAACUGGAGGAAGCCUGGGAUCAAUUUUGGAUGAAUCAGUAUCUGGAAUUACUUGUGCUGGGCAGUUUUUUCAUUGCUGGAAAAAAAUCCUUAAUGUAUGCCUGCCUGGCACCAAUGUUAUGUUCAAAGUUUGACUGAAUUACUUAAUAAAAGUUGUUUCUUCCAGUAUAUUUUAGCUUGAUUGCAUGUGAUCAUUUCUAAGAGCUUUUGACUAUUGUCAUCACAAGAUCUGACUAAUUUUGGUUUUGCAAUUCCAUAUGGGUAGAGAUGUUUUGACAUUAUGAAAGCACCUGUGCAAUAGAGGAAGAACAGCAUUUUAAACUCAACUCUUUAUUUUUUAUGUGAACUGAAAGGAAAGUGAAGUGGCUUUGCUCAAGUUUUAAGUAGUUUUGAGUCUGCUGACAUGUGAUAUAAAACUUAAUUUAGCCCAAUAAGGCUGAUGGCUGUUCAUCAACACACACGAAAGACUGAGCAAAACUAUUUCCCCUCCCUAAGUUUGCAAAAACAAAAUGGGAAAGAGAGCGAGAGGAAAAUAUUUUGAAACAUCCUUCCCUGCCUUGAUCCUGCUCCUCAGUACUUCAAACCCAGGUUGACUGGGCAGCAGCAAAAAUAGGCAUCACAGGUUGGCUGUAGAGAGGCU